GCGCAUCGCCCACCAUCAGUUUGGUUAGUAUCGCCGUCGUCGGUGUUUUCGGAACACGCUGGUUCGAUCGGAUUGUUUUUGUUUUUGUUUUUUUUUUUUUUAUUUACAUAUAUUAUUAUUAUUAUUAUUAUUAAUAUUUACAUUAUUUUUUUCCUCCCGUUUCGUUUCAUAUGAUCAGCAACUCGUCGUCCCGUUACUUCCGUUUGGCCUGCACACCCCCGUGAAAAAAAAAAAAAUACCACAUCUCGUUUCGCUUCCGCGUACGAUAUUAUUUUUCACUUCGACCGUACACCGUCGCAGACUCUUUACCGGACCCGCAGCGUGCCGAAAACGUGCGUCGAAAACGGGCUCCUCCGGGGUUACAGUGCCACGGUAUUGUAAAUACCAGUUGGGAGUUUGGUUCGGUGUCCACGACGACGGCGAUUCCGUCCGCGCGCGACCGCCGUGAUCGCCGAAGAUACAAGAGGACGAGGAUUACCGGCUCCGGUGGUCGUUGUUGUCGUCAGUGCCGAGAGAUCGACGGGCCGGUCGUCUCUUGGUCGUGUUGUGGUCAGUGCGUUGGACGAACAAAAGUCGGUCCGAUGUGCCUCUAUGACGACUGUCACUACGUCCGCCGUAAUACUGCCCCUGCUGGUGCUGCUGCUGUCGCACGUGUCGACGGCCGGCGCUACCGGUGAGUACUAUAAUUAUUUCGCCGAUAAUUACUGUAAACAGCGACGUAACAAAUGAUGUCCCGGUUAUCCGGUCCGCGCUUUGACGGCAACAACAAUAUUACGGUGACCGUGGUAUCACCGCACGGUGGACGAGCGACCGGUUCCUCGAGCGACGUCGUCUCGAAAUCCGUGUCGUCGGCACGGCAAUUCGUCACUAUUAUCAAUGGUGAAAAUAACAAUAACGGACCGUAACAUUCAUUAUCGCUUGUGUAUAUAAGUCGCGGCGGCGUGUUGAGCGCGUCUCGGGUUCUUUAUCGCGCGCGCACGCCAUCUGUUUACACGAGAUAAUUAGCGGCGUGUGCGUGAUAACAAACGCGGCGACUGGCAACGGGUAGUGUGCGACGCGGGAGAAUCGAAGUGUUUAAUAUUUUUCAUCGGGUUGCCGUAACGACGGCGAAAGGAAACGUGUUUUUAAUGGCUUCGCGUUGCGUGCGUCGUAUUAGCGUUUAAUAAUAAUGCUGCGAUUCGAUUUGUAGUGUUAUUUGGGCGGGCGACGGGAGAAAAUGCCGAAAUAUCGAAACGCGCCGUCUUACAAUAAGAUCCGCUCGCGCAUACGCUAUUUACCGAGACGAUAUUAUUUUAUUACCUAGUAAUAACCUGACACGCGAUCGGACUUUUCAUUUUCCGGCCGUUUUUCACAAACGCGCAAAACGUUUAGAUCCCGCGUGCACCUAAGCAUAAUUGUGCCGACGGGGUAAAAAUAAUUUACGGACCGGUUUUACGCACGCAUAACCUUUGUGGCUGUGUAGCGUUUUUAAUUAUUUGACAAAUAUUGACGGCGCGCCGCGGCGUACCGGAUUGAUGGCAUUGUUUUUAAUUUUUUCAAACUACGUUUUCCACCAGAAAUAUUGCUCCGACCGAAAAAUGACAAAGUGUCGAUUUCGUUCAGUUUAAUAUGCGGCCACUGACACAGAGAGUCGUUUUUUGAUCGGAAAAAUUACGGCAUUUCGAAAUAGACAUGUGUCUUACCGAACUUACGCUCCGAAUCAUUUUUCGUUUGGAAUGGUUUGUCUUUGUAUCCUACUUUCCAAACUUCUCCUACAACCAACAGCAGUGGCUGCACGCGUCCCCAGUAUCAACUCUUCGUUAUCGUUUUUUUUUUUUUUUUUGGCCGUAUAUCACUGGACCUGUUUAAUUGUUGUCACACGAUCGACAAUUUUUAUCGGACUGUUCGCGCGUCAUGGUCAUAAUAAAUAAUAUUAUUCCGGCCUUUAUAUUGGCAUCUAGCUACUUGUUUCGGUUGCUGUUUCCGAAAGCCAUUGAUAUCGUUAUUUACUGUACACCUAGUAUUGUAAAUAACGAUAAUUCGCCCGAGCUAUUACGAUUUACGAUAAUCACAAACGUAAAAUACAUUUAUUUUUUUUUUUUGAACUUGUUUAAAAGCGAUUUUUUAUCAUCGGUAGAUAGCUACUGCGUAGGUGGCACUUUAAGUUGCCCCGAUAAAAUUGUUUUUUUGUUCUAUCCUUUGAUUUUUUUAUUAUUAUUAUUUUUUUUUUUAUUAAAUAUCGUAUUUUCCACGUUGUAACUCUUUUCUAAUCAUGUCUCGUUGUCAAUUAUUUGUUUUUCCAUGCACACACGUUUCACCCAAUCGUUUUAAAGUUUAAAUAAUAUUAUUAUGUAAACACGCAUAAAUAAUUUGUCUGACGGUCUAUUAUUAGUUACAUUAAUACAUGCAGUUUGAUUUAAUAAUAUUAUUAAUGUAGUUACAAAGUAUGUUUAAUCCACCAUGAUAACAAUAAUAAUAAUAAUAAUAAUAAUAGGCGUGUUUUGGCGAUGCCAUUUUAAGUAAAGUUUUUUGAAUUGUUUGCUGUAGUUCGCUACUUGGUCGGUUACUAGCCAAAAGUUGUGUUUACUGUAUUAUAUUUUUGUUAUACUAAAUGGAUGGUAGGGUUGAAUGAUAGUCCAUAUCAGUAAAUUAUUAGUAACCGAAAACAGUGAACGUAGUUUUUAAUUGUUUGCUGAUUCCGGCAAUCCGGGUGCCCAAAAGUGCAAUCAGCUAUCAAACAAUUAUAGUAAACAAUGUCGCCAAAACAGUUUGUUCGCUAAACUAGUAACCUGGUUGCUCAAGACUGCGUCGCCAAAACACGCCCAAUAAUAAUAAUAAUUUUAAUGAAAUGUUUAAAAUUGAACGCACUAAAACGAAAACGAUUUUUCUUUCUGAGUCUGACUUAUUAUUAACGACUUUGUACAUUAAAAAACCAUGUAUUCAUUCUUAAAUUUUCCCCAUAGUUUAUAAUUAGAAAUAAUAUAAAAUUAAAAUAAUGUUACGUUACGUAAAUUACGUAUAUUUUAGAUUCUGAGUGGAGCGAAGAAGCUUAUGGUUUUACAUAGAUGUUUAUUUUUUUCAAAAUUUUUUUUUAUCUGUCCGCAACUUUUCUUCCUGAAAUCUUGCUCCGAUUUUUAAGUGUAGCACCGUUUCUGAAAUUAAAUCGGUGUAAGAAGAUCAUUUUUCGAUUUUCUCACGAGUUUUCCAAGCAAAUGGGAAAAAAACAUGGUAAAACCGGGAAAAACGUAGGAAAACUGGUACAACAUUAAACAAAUAUUAUUGAAGAAAUUAUAUAAAACCCAUUUAAUUAUUUGACUAUAAUAUAAUAACAUAUAUAUUGUUGAAAAAUCAUCACUAUCAACUGAACUCUACUCAGAAUCGUUUUCCGUUAGCAAUGGUUUAUCGUUGCUUACAGGAAUACAAUAAACUACUUAUAACAGUGGCUGCACCGGUCUGCAUUAUACUAGGACGUUUUUCUUUUAUUAAUGCGUUUAAUAAAGCAUUAUUAUAUUCCAUAAAGAUAUCCAUCGACAACAAUAAUAAAUUAAUAACGAUUUUUAUCAAUAAUUUAUUUACGUUCAAUAUUAUAUUAUUUUAUCCGUUAUAAUUAGCAAUAAUUUAUAAGAGUCGGGUAAUUUUACAACGUCGCUUUAAUUGCAUUCAUAUGUGCAUACAUCUGUCCUUAAUUUUUAAAUUUAGUUUGAAAUAUUAAUAAAACAUUAAAGCGAGGGUUUAAAAAAAAUAAAAUAAUAGUAUUAUGUAGUAAGGAUUAUUCAUAAUUUAAGUAAAUAAUAAAACGUAAGUGGAUAGAUGGUAUAUGUGUGUUUGUAAUAUUUUUGAGGAGAUAAUAUAAUGGUAGGUGGUUCGCUUUGUUUGAACAAUGAUUUUACUUCGGAUUGAAGUUCUAUAAUGAUAUGCAAAUAAUACACAGUUAAAAAUACUUUAAACCAAAUUUAAUUAUACCCUUAGUCGGAAGAUUUUUUUUUUUCGUAAUUUUAUAAGUAAGAAAAGUCGUAUAGGUAUAUGCGAGAAAAUUAUAUAUGUAUCUGGAAAUAUAUAAUUACCUCGUGUACGUAUUGUAUGUUACUAUGGGAGAUUAAUUUUAUUAUAUAACCAUGAUAAAUUUUGUUUUAUCAAUGAGCUACUAGUUAUUAUAUCAAUAGAAAAAAAAAACCUGAUACUGCUGUCUGCUGAUAGAUGUGCCACUGUUAAGAGGGAAUUUGGAGAGAAGGAUAUCUAGAGUUAUUUAUUUUAUAUCUAUAUGCAACAAUAAAUCAUUGCUAACUAAAAGCGUUUCUGAGUAGAGUAUUAUUAGUUGUAUUUUUCCAUUGUUACGAAUGUAACUCGUAAAUCAACAAAAAUAAUACCAAAAACUGUUGGUUUUCUCAUUUAUUAAGAAACCUACAAGGAAAAUCAAUCAAAUGACUAGAAUUCACCAAUCAUAUCAACAAUUCUAUUAUAAAGUUUUUUAUUGGAACAAGAUUUCUGGUAGAAAAGUUGUUUACAGACACAAAUAAAAACCCCUAUCAUAUAGUAGAACACUAGUUAAAUCGGUAUAAACUAUUCCUCGCUCUGCUUAAAAAAAAAAAAAAAAAAUAAAAUAAAAUACUUUCCUUCUAAUAAUUCAUCGUCUUCAGUAUAAAAAAAAUGGACAUACUUUGCACGAUGGGUGGGCCACUGUUGUAGGUGAGAAGUUGGGAAGGCAGAGGGGGAAAUUUAAUGUAUAUCCGUACGCAACGAUUUAUCAUUGCUUGACGAAAAAUAAUUCUGAGUGGAGUUCAGUUAUACAUGUUUUGAAAGGCCUUAAUAUGUACGAUUUGAAAAUAAUCUUAGUAUCUAAAAUAUAAUUUGAAAUAUCUAAUCAAAUUCAUUGACGUAUUAUAUUAGAUUCCGAAGUAAGGUUAAACAUAAAAAAAGCAACAUUUUGGAAUUAUAAAAAUGAUUAGCAAUUCGAGCUUCAAUUUUUAUCAAGAUUUUAAUACACCUACCUAAAGAUUUCAAAGAAAUUGAGUAUACAUUUCUUCAUAGAUAGGAAUUUGUUUUUACCUCUUACUGAUUAUUGUUUAUAAAAACAAUUUAAAAUAAUUCUAGUGACAUAAGUUAAUAAGAUUUAGGCUUGAACUCGUGAGUUUCUCCGUGACCGGUUCUAGAAUAUGGCCAUGUUGAUAAUUAUUAUAAUUACAAUCAAAUAUUAAAUAAGAAUACCAGCGUCAUUAUAAUAUUUUGCUGCGAGGUGAGUAAAGCAAGUUGAGUGUGUGCAAAGUGUGACAACUAUAAAAACAACUGUAAAAAAUUAUUCGUAUUUGUUUAUUUAAAAUAUUUAACUAGCCAUAUUACAUUUCUAUUUUGUUUAGGUAGGUAUUAACUUAUAAUUUUAUUCGCCUUAAAUAUUAUGCAUUAGGUACUUUGUCUUGAUUUAAUAAUAGAAAUUAUAAAUUCACUUCGUGUUAGACAUUAGGUGUUUAAAAUGUUAUUCAAUUACGUAAGUAACUACACAGUUAAAAGAAAAAAUAAAUUUCUCAACAGGGUGUCCCAUGAAAAUGCACCCAUUGCAAUUUCUCCUGAGAUAAUAAAGAUAAUUAAAUUAUGUUUUUUUUUUUUUAAUAUUACUUAAAAUUAGAAAUACACAUAUUUAUACUUGAAUUCAAUUUUUCUGGUUUGGUGAAAAAACUAAAAAGUUAACUAACUGUUUAAUUAUUUUCGAAAAAAUUGUAUAGUAUAGUUAUUUUAUAGAGUUUAUUCAUCUGAAAAUGUUGACUUUUCAACUUUUAUUUUCAUAAAUUGACGUUUUUUAAUAAUUUUUUAAAGUUCGGUGAAAUGUACUCAUAAUUAUGAAGCUAGUUGCAGUAAUUGAUAAUAAAUUAAUUGUUAUUAUUAUGGCUAAUUGACCGUAUACUUUUUUUUCUGAAUUUUAAAAAUGAUUAAAAGUUAUAAAUUUAAAAUAAAAAGUGAAAAUAAAAAAUGAAUGAAAAUAAAAAGUUGAUAGGAACGUCAAAAUAAUUAAAUAAAAUGAUUUUUACCAAAACAUAAAAUUCAAUAUUUUAAUUCAAAUAUUUGUAGUUCUUAUCCCUACGAAGUAUAUAAAAAAUUUAUAAUUUGAUUACCUUUAUUUAAUAAUUAUCUCCGGAGAUAUUACAAUGGAUUUAUCUUUCGUGGGAAAUGUAAUAAUACAUAUUAACACUGAUAAAUUGUUUGAUUAGUUAUGACGGACAAAUUUAAAAAAAGCGGGGUGUGUGUAAAUUACAGAAAGUUUUUCCCCUCCCUCAGUACAGCAUUGAUCCAAUACGAUACUUGUAUCAUUACGAGUAGUCAAGUAUUGUUUGUGAUUUUUGGAUGUUUAAAGGAAUAUUUUUAGAGCUGUAAGACGUUUUUAUCUCAAAAAGUGAACAAUUUAUGAAAUUAAUAAUAGUAAAAUAAUAUCGUAAUUUUGAUUUUUCAUUUUAGUAAUAGUAUUUAUUUUUUUCAAGAUCUAUAAUUAGUACUGAAAUACGUCUUAAAAUCAACGGAUUUUGUCUGCUGCCGGUUAACUAGAAAAAAGACAAAAGACGAGUGUACAAAUUAUUUGUGGAUUAUAAUAUAUUCUGCCCGAUAUUUCCUAAUGGGUAUAUUGAAACCACUGAAAUAGUUUCAGUUUUUAUUCGUGUAUUUUCGGUGUAUGCGAGUGUUACACGUUAGUGAUUUUAUGUUUUUGGCAUUCGUCCUCUCGACGAACAUCAUCAAACAGAAAAUGCCUCUCUGUAUUUGCCACGUGAUGACUGACGCGUAUAUUAUGUGUGCUGGUGGUAGACAACAGACCGAAACCAACUGAUUAGAUUUUUGGGUAGGUACCUAAGAUUUAUUUUUAAAUUGAUAUAGGAAACUCCGUUGAUAGGACAGUUGUGUGUUUCAUCAUCAUUUUUUUGUUUUGACGGGAUAACUUAUUUUCUAUUUUCUUUUAUUGUUUGGAAAAUCUUGCAAAGAAAAACCUCGUGUUUUUCCCAAACAAAAUACUAUGACAAUAAUAUAAUAUAUUAUUGCCAGUAAAUGUUGUCGCAUCAAUUUUCGUUUUUCAGAUAGGUAUACCAGAUACCUUCAUGUAUGUAUUAUAAUAAUAUAUUGAAUACGUCUUCCCGAAGAAUGUAAAACAUAUUUGUCGUAAUAUAAUAUGUAGACAAUUUAAAUAGCUGUUGGAUAUAAUAUAUUAAUAUACUAUAUGUAUUAUAUUUGUCUCACUUUUUAUCACGUCAAUACUAUCUAUACCUACUCAAAACAAAUCGAAUACGAACGGUAUUUUCGUAACACGCAAUCUAUUUUAGAAUUUUUCGAUAUUGCUUCGUUUUCAUAUCACAUAAAUAUCGCAAAAUUUUUAAAUUGAUUACCUAUAUUCAAAUAUUUUUAGAAUAAAAUUGAUAAAAUAAUAUUUUUUUUCAGUUAUAUAUCACGCUCUGGUAUAAUCACGAACACAUUCGUUGAAUCGCGAGAUUGUUAGAAAUAAAUCAAAUUUUAAUAUCUUAAGUAUUAAUAUAUAAUAUAUCUACUGUUAUACUGUCGUAUAUCGCUGUAGCCUAUUUCGAGUAUUAAAAUGAUUCUCACCGUAUAGUGUAUUUUUCUGCCGCUUUAUAGGUUAUAAAAAUAUAAUAUAAUGUAACUGCGCAAAAUAUCUUUUCUAUUUUAUAAUAAUAUAUCGAAUUCCGACGUAAAAUUGUGUUUGUACGGGAGGAUUUGUUCGUUCGCCGUCAUCUCCGGGGGAUUUCGUCCGGAGAUUGUAUCGUGCACGCUUGUUGUUAUUAUUAUUAUUGCGAAAAAAAAAAUAGAGAGAGAAAAAAAAAAGAAAAAGAGCAGCUGCCUAAAACUGGCAAACUGUCGGCAAAACGCGACCGGUAGAGCUGAUGUGCACGCUGAAAAGGAACGAUUUAUUGUUCGGUCCGAAUGUAAAACUGGUUUCUUCGGAUCCCUGUGUGUGUGUGUGAUAUUGUGUUAUUGGCGGCCACCUACGCCUCGCCCUGGGUGUGGGACAUAACAAAGGUACCUAUAUGUGUAUACUGGCACCGGGCAACUGGUGGCGUGAGGGUUGGGUUCGGCUGUAUAUGUAUAGAUGCCAACGAAACACAUAAUACUGCAGGAUACCCCAUUAAUCUUGAAAUAUUAUUUAUUGUAUCGAGGCCGCCACGGUAUUCUACAUCAUUUUAUUUUUCUUGUGAUUUUUCGCGUUCGGGAAUUUACAGCCAUCGUCGUGAGUGGUAGUGGUAUAGGUAUAGAAUACUGUUACUCCCAUAAUUCGCGAAUUUAGUGGUAAAAAAGUACAGAAUGUGUAUAUGUGUUAUAUUAUAUAUAACACGUAGUUUUUAACGCGCAUUUGCAAUUUAAUACAAUGGUUGUUAACCAUUAAUGAAGUAAGUUGUAUAACGUUAAAUUUUCAAGUAUCUUUGUUUGGUAAUUCGAAAAAAAAUCUCUGGAAACAAAUCCCCAAAACUACUAUACUGUAAAUAAUAAUAAUAAUAUUUAAAAUAGUUUACAGAAUACAGACAUACUUCAAUUUUAUUUAUGUUUAUAAAUUAUCGUCUAAUUAUUGUCAUCCGUAUAGUUUUUUAGUCUCUAGAUUACAAACGUAUCAACUAACAUUCCAGAAAAAUAAUUUGUUGAAUAUAAUCGUGUUAUCUACUCUCUCUAGGAAAGCCUGCAUAACUAUAAUUUCAGUAACCAAAUAUCCCUAAGCGAUAAGCCAGAUCAUAAGCUAUCUAUACAUUUUAAAAUCAAUUGCUUAGAUUUUAGAGUGAUAAAUUGUGAAAAUUGGGAAAAUACAUUAGAUUUUUUUUUUUGAUAUCAGUAUUCAAUAAUAUACGCAGUGAAUUGAUUGAUACUAUAUUAUAUUUUUUUAUAUUUUUUAAAAUCAAACAUUAUUAUUGGCAGCUAUGUGCACAAUAUAGGCUCAAACUAUUGAUGAAUAAACUAUAUUCAAAUUUUUUAUACAUAUAAUUUUGACAGUAUAUAGUUGCGUUGGGGAAUUUCGCCGGGGUUUUUUUUCUGAGAUUUCUUUGUUUGGUUAGAUAAUUUUAUCCUAAUGAUGAAAUAGGUCAAACACCACCAAAAUGUAAAUGCUGAACAUGUCUAGAAAGUAUUAUUAUAAGUGUUCCGUGAAAAUCUCAGGUAAACAAUUUUGUUUAACCGAAUUAUAACAAAAAAAAAAAAAAAAAAAUCGUAAAUAAUGAAAUCGUGUUUGCAUUUUUCAGUUUUUCUAAGUUUUUUCCAAUUAUUUUUAAAACUUCUCGGAAAAUCAGAAAAUGACAUUCUCAGUGUAUAAACUAUAUCCAAAAUGCAGCAAAAAUGGUUCUUGUUGUUUGAAUGGAGGAGAUUACUGGUAGAAAAGUAAUUUAAAGACACAAAAAUUAAAUAAAAAAAUAAAGCACGCGUCAUUGUAAAACCAAUACAAUUCGUUUUUUGCUAUGUUCAGAAUCUAAUGGCACAGAUUACGGGAGAACCAAUAUAUUCCUUGCUGCGUUCAGAAUCUGAAAACAUAUUUACAAAUUGAAAUAAUAUUUUAUAUUAUUUCUCGAUAAUAAUAAAAAAUAUGAUAUAAUGAUCAAUUUUUUUAAUCUUAUAUUAUUAUAUUACUUAUUGAUUUUCAAUAGAAAUAAUAUCUAUAAAUCAAUCAAAUGUUUUUAUUAUUAUUUUGUUUCAUAUUUUAAUAUUAUAAUAAUUAUUAGGUAUAGUGAAAACAUAUUUUGCAGGUAUUUAUAUGUUAUUAUUGUAUUUGUAUAACAAAGGUCAAUAUUUUAUACAAAAUCGUGAACGUGAUUAAUAUAGUAUAUUUAAUUAUAACCAAAACAAACUAUUAAAUCAAAUUGAUUGUAUCCAAAUGCUUAUUAACGAUCGGGUUGAUGGUAUUUUAAGCGUUGGGAUUUAAUUAGAAAUUGUAUUUAUAAAAUUAAUAUUUAUUUUAUUUUAUAGUUGACCCGACAAUGCUUUGCUAUUGUUAGAUGAUAGUGUAAAUUAUAGUAAUAAUAAUAGUUUUCUUGUCCGUAACAAUCAAAUUAUUAACCGUAUCACCGAAGUAACCCAUGAAUAAAUAAAAAUAAAUAAAUAAACAAUUAGAUAUUCCUUCCAAAAAUAUCUAAAAACUCCUAUUUAAAAACUCUAUCGGGGUUGAAUUUUCAAAAAUCCUUUUUUAGCGGAUCCCUGCAUCGUAGUAGCCAUCUGUAUGUUAAAUGUCAGCCCUAUUCGUCCAGUGGUUUGGGCUAGGCGGCGAUUAGUCAGUCAGGACAUGUUAUUUUAUAUACCUAUUAGAUUGAAUAUUAAUAACACAACAACCAAGUAAGAUGCAUUCUAUCUCGGAAAAAUAACAAGUAAUUAUAUAGGUGUUUAUUACUGUUUAUGUUUACGUGUAUAUUUUGGGUUAGAUUUAUUUAUAUUUGAUACUAAGAAUUAUUACCAUUUGGUAGACCAAUUCUUAAUAUUAACGUCAUAUUUUAUAUACACUCGAAAAAGGUGCUGACAAUUUGAUUUAGUUAGGUACUUGAACCGUUGUGUACGACGUGCAGUUAAUGACAAUUGUGAAAUGUCCAGCAUUUCGUAAUAUCAUAUAGUAGGGAUGUUGUUGUUUUCUACAUGCCAUUUUCCCAGUUUACCCUCGUUCUAUAGAGAACAAUAGUUCCGAACGUUAUUAAUGGUUCAAAAAAUAAAAUAAAUAAAUAACACACAUUCUUGUUGAACAGUAUUAUAAAUAUAGGAGAGUUCAUUGUCCUUAUUUGUAUAUGGGGUAACGCGUUAAUAUAACAUUAUUAAAGUUCUUCUAGUUUAUUUCGCCAAAAAAAAAAAAAAAAAAUGGUUAGUAGGAUACGUUAGAUAGGUACGUAUAAUAUGAUUUCUCAGUUAGUCACAGUUAUCAUAGUUUUUUUUGUUCAAUUGUCAAGAUUAAUACUAAAAUUUACGUGACUGUUUUUGAUGUGUAUGGGAAAUACUAUCAUACAAUUGGAAAAUGUUCUUUCUCAUCUUAUCAAUAUAAUACCUAUAUAAGCAAGGCACGUACAAAUACACGGUGGUAUUUAUGAUUAGGAUAUGUUUAGAAAAUAAAACUCUAAGCGUUUUAGAAUCUGAGUGUAGUGAGGAAUGUAUUACAUCGAUUUUAGGUACCUACUAUAUUUUCUUUUUAUUAAAGUGUCUUUAAAUAACUUUUCUACCAGAAAUCUUGCUCCAAUCAAAAACUUUAUAGGAACCUUUUGUAGCGUUUUUAAUCUAGUUACUGUACUGAGAAGGUUACUUUUUUAUUUUUUUUAAGGAUUUUUUUAUGUAAUGUGAAAAUCAGCAAUUUUUCUAUAACUUCUUGGCACCAACGGAAAAAUAUGACUAAUAAUACUUUUUUCGGAAUCGUUCUCUGUUAGCAAUGGUUCUUCGUUGUGUACAGAUAUAAAUUAAAUGACUCUAUAUAUCCUCCCUUCUAACUCCCUUCCUAAAACAGUAGUAAAUCAGUAACUAGUUUCAGCCUUUAUUUUAUUUGACAUUAAAACAGUAAAAUAUUUUAGUCAGUUACUUCCUCACAACAUUCGAUAAACAAGACUGGCCACUAUAUUGAAAUCACUGCUGUAUUCACUAGUUAGUAACCCGUUCGGAUAUUAUAUAUUUAGAUUGUGAAAGACAAAGGCAAUAGUAAUAUAAAAUUGUCAAUGUUAUUAUCACUUGGUAAUCUAAUUCUAAUUCCUCAGAAUAUAAUAAUUAAUUUUUCCUCCUUUUAAAAAUAAUAUACAUAGUGCGUCAGUCAUUAUAUUUUAUUUUAAUUCACUGAAAUUUGUUACAAUCAUAAUAUAAUUCAAUAAUAUUAUUCUUAGUAUUAAUAAAUUAUUAUUCGUAUUUAUAUGUGUAUUGUAAUAAUUAACAAUAAUAAUUUAUUGUGUUUUUGGUUGUUUAGUAUUUUAAUAAUAUGGAACUCGGAAAUAACUUAAUAUUGUCGUGUAAUAAUAGUAGUAAGUUGUAUAAGUUUGUUUCAGUCAAGUAUACGAGUUGUAAUCUAAAAACUUUUAGUACUAAUGUCUGAGCAGUGGUGUAGCUAGGAUUUUGAAUUAGGUGGGGUAUAAAUACGUUCACCCCUCCCUCAAAAAAAAAAAAAAUACAAAUACAAAACUAGAAAAGUGUUUUCACUAAUGUCAUACUUAAAAAAAAAAAAAUAAAAACUUAAUAAUGAAAUGAAAAUGUAAUAUAUAUAUUGUUUUGAUAUAUCUUGUGACUACAUUUAUUACACUCUGACAGCUGUAUUUUUCUUGGAGAAUUUUGAUUAAAGGCAGUAAUUACUUCAUUUUCAAAUUGUAAACAGUACACAUAUAUGUAGCUCCCUUUAUUCCUUGGCUACUACACUAUGUCCAAUUUUCGCAUAUUUUAUAAUUAGCGGUGCAAUUUUUGAAAUAGUAAUUUAGUUUUAAUUUUUAAAUUUAUUACAGAUUGAAUAAAUAUUAACGAUUAAAAACUUAAACAUUUCUGGAAAUUGGAUCACCGUCAUUUUAUUGUGAUAAACUGAUUUUAUUAUUACUUUUAGACUGUAAAAUGUACAGUAAUGCAACUACAUUAGAAUCGACUUUAUAAUAAUAACAUAAUCGCGGAUAAGAUAUUAUACAUAGAUAAGGUCAGUGCAUUGAAAGUUAUACGUAGUAUGACGUAUUUAUAUUCAUAUCGUUUGAAACUAAACAUUAUGCACUACAAAAUGUAGAAAUUUAAAAUAUUCAUUAAAAAAAAAAAAGGUCAAACAACAUGCACGAUUUUCUUUUACGUAAAGGAUUCUUAAAAUAUUGACGUUAAUAAGAUUUCUAUUGUAUCGAUAGGAUUUUUUUAUGAUGUUGGUUUGUUUCGGACUUAUAUGCCCACCCAAAAUAUACUGCACAGUUUUUUUUUAUUUACUUAUAAAAAAUUACUAGUUUAAGACUUUGCCUGUAUGCUCACACUUAUACUAUCAAUUAAUACCUACAUUUAUUUUCCAUCUAUUAUAAAGUGUUUAUGUUUUGAUAUAUAUAUAAAAAUAUAUAUAUUCUAUUAUUAAACAAUGAAGAAUAAUAUAGAACAAUAAGAACCUAAAUUUUAAUAAAAUAUAUUUAUUUAAUAUAUAGUUUGAACCUGUGUUUUGAUUUAUAAUUUAUGUAAAAGUCAUAUCUAAGGUAAAACAAGAAAUAAGAUGGUGGAUGGCAAUCUUAAUUGUCGAGGGUUUUUCACUAUGGAAAUUGCAUUUAUCCAACAAAAUGUUUGAUAAAGUGAUGAUCGGUAAAUAAUUAAUACACAAAUAGUUUUUAGUCAUACCGUGAGUUUUAAACCAUUGAAUUAUUAAGUUAUUUUUAAAUUUUUUUUUUUAACGACGGAAAGUUAGCAGCCAGUUGUAAAAAAUAGAAUCUUUAAUAAUUUUCAAUACCUAAUUAAGAAAGUACGUAAUUUAAUAUUUAUAUUAUUUUUACCAAUAGUGAAAAAGUUGAAUUUACUUUUUCAAUAUUACAUUUAAAUUCAAGAAAGAUAUAUAUUAUGAUAACCAUAUUGUUUAUCUAGAAAUAAUCAAAUUUUAAUUUUAUUUAUAUUAAUAAAUUCAAACGAUUUUGUCAUUAAAAAUACGAAAGCACCUACCUAUACGUUAAAAAAAAAAAAAUUAAUUUAAGCCUUAUGUAUAUUAGUUUGUCUAAUGAUAUUAUUUUAAAAGUCGGUCAACGAUGGUUUUAUUCUCGUGUCGAAUACAAAGAAGACUAUGCAAAAUUGUAUAGUUAUAAUAUUUUUAUUUUGAAUUAAAAUUAAUAUUUGUACACGAGUACAUUAUAAUUUAAUAACAUAUAAAUAAUAAAAAAAAAAAAUCAAUGACAGUGGAUCUAUCCCCAGAUUCGCCCCGUAAAUACUAAUUUAAUGUAUGUACAUUAUACACUGUGCACUUAGUUCGUCAUGUGUUCUGAUAAUUUUUAGUCUGAUGUUAUAAAGUGAAGUAAAAAGAAAACAAAAAGGUUAUACUGUUUAUUUUUUGCUUUAUGUAAUUGCAGUGUUUGCUUUUAUUUGGUGGUCUUAAUGGCAUAAGUGUAUGGUUUUUUUCGAAAUGCGUGUAUUAUAGUGUAUAAAAUUUUACGAGUGUACGUAUUUUCAAAAUUUAAUUUUCUUGAAAUCUACACAAAAUUAACUCAAAUAACACUUGCUAUACGUUCAGAAUAACUAAAAAAAAAUAAGUCCCAUUAGUGUGAAAUUAAAAUGGUGGUUACAUAAUAGGUAGGAAAGUCAGUAACAACGUAUACUAUGUUAUGUUUAUUUCCAAUUCAAUACCUACCCAUAUACGAUAAUAUUAUGAUAAUAAUAUAUGCAGCCGUUCAUUGAAAACGCUCACAUUUCGCGAUUUGCCAAAGUCAUUUAGUAUUGUACCAUUUGCAUAUGCAAUAAUAAUCAUAAUAAUAAUAAUAAUAAUAAUAAAUAAUGUAACUAACCUAUAAUAAACUACAACGUAUUACGAUAGUCGAUAGGUCAGUAAUAAAAUAUGACGACGACGCACCACGGUCCACAAACAACGAUCGGCGAACUCUAUAGCAUGCUGGUAGGUUGAAAUAGUGAAAAUAGGAACGUAUGUUAUUAUCAUCGCUAUCUAUAUAAUAUUUUUUAAUAGACUGUGCAUCUAUAUUAUUACAAUUAUACAAAUAUCGACCGUCGUCGUCGUUUGCAUCUACUGAUAUAUAUAUAUAUAUAUAUAUUUAUAUAUUAUAUUCAUUCGUGAAAACCACCUCCAUUCCUGUAUCGUGUAACAAUAUUGUCUAUAUUGAUUUCCAAUGGUACCUACCUAUACCGACGUAUAUUAUUACCAUUAAUACUACCUACACUACACAGCUAUAUUUUAAUAUGAUGUCGCCGCGAGUGCUUAAUUAAAUUUAGCGUUAAAAAUGUUAUAAGUACUUAACAUAAUAAUUUAGCGUUGAACAACGUUAUUUUAUGAAAUAACUAUAGGUAGAUAGAUAAUAGUUUAACCUAACCUAACCUAACCUAAUAGUUUAUGUAUGAAUUACCUGCGACGAAUUUAAGUUAAAGCGCAUUAUAUUGGCAAAAAAUGUAUUAUACUUUAACUAUAGGUUAUUUCAUAGAAUCUCACCAUGAAUUAUACAUAUACAGUGUUUAAUUCUAAUUUCCGUGAAUAUAUUAUGUUAUUUUUUAAUUAAAAUAAAACAUAUUCAAUAUAUUUUUUAGCUAUAGUUAUCGUGACUUAAAAUUAUUAUAUAAUCCUCGAUUGUUUCAUUAUUCUACAAAAAACGUCUUUUAGCUUUUUAUUAAACAUUUCAUAUCUAGGUAUGUCAUUUGUGUUACACGUAUACAAAAAAAAACAUUGAUUUAAUAAUAUUUGAAACAAUAUUAAAUCGGAAAACGACGAACGAUGAGAAAACUAUGAACUGUAAGAAGACUUGAUACAUUUGCAUUUGAAAUUUUGUAGGUGUCUAUAUUAUAAGGUACGAUUAUCUUAAUAAAAUACAUUGAACGUAUGACCAGCGUGAUAAAUAUUAUAUAAAGCGUCACUGACAAAAAUUACGUCAACCGUAUAAUCUGAUCAUUAUUAUUUUUGUAUUUUUUUUUUUUUUUUUUUUUUUUUUUUUUGUACUCGACUGUAACAUUAACAUGGCAAUAUUGUAGAAUAAUUCAAAUAUUUAAUACGUUAAGGGUGUGCACAGUGGUAAGGUAUAAACUAUAACCACCCAUAGUUAUACAUUUUCUAUACGUUUUAGUAAUUUUAUGAAUCAUGUAGUUAUUUCUAAAAAACUAAUCGGUUCAACUACACUGUAACUGUAAUUACACCGUAUUUGUAAUCAUUAAUAACAUAAAAUAAACCGACGCUACCUAUAUGUAUAUACAUGCUAUACAAGCUUGUUUUAGUUGUACAUUAGCUCUUUUUUUUCAUAUGUUUCGAAUAUCCAUUAUUAUUUAUUUCGGUAUGCGAACAUAUUAGUCGUAUUAUUGUAUGCAAUUCGUAUAUCAUAAUAUUUUACUAAAUUUUUGAUUAAUCGGUAUAAGUGUUUAAUAUUAUGAACUAUAAUGAUAUGAUUCAAGUACUCGUAGUUAUUAUCAGCCAUCGUAUAUUUUUUACAUGGAAAUGCCUAAAAUAGAGUUUCACCACACUCGUAAUUAUUAUAGUAUAUGUACCAAUUGUACUAGUCGAGCCUAGCGUACUUUCGGCAAUUUAAGCCUUAAUAGUUAUUAUAAUAGCAUAUUAUAUUAAUUAUUAACUUCAGGCUGAAAUGCGUUUUAUAUAAAUUAUGAAUUUUGUAUGGAAUACAAAAAUUAAACAUUAGAAGGGUUUAAAACAAUUAUUUGUUGUAUUAAUAUUGCACAAAUAAUCUUAUGAUAUUUUAUAAUAAUGCUAUUAACAAAGGCAUUCCGCACUUUCACAAUUGUGACUCUCUGUUUGAAUGAAGUCCAAAGGGUCCUAUUAUGUAUUAUUGUUUUUUGCUAAAGGAGAUAUUCACUAGGGCUUCGUUACGAAUGAUUUUUGUUUAACAUUUUCAUUUCUUCACAAGUUAAUUAAUACACGCAUACAUUAUAUUUAUAUAAUGUCAUUUUUGAGAUGAUAAAGACCUCUGGAGGAGCUCAAUGGAAGCAGCAAAAGGCCUACACGGCUUAUAUCUCGGCCUAAAUAAAAGCUAACAAAAACAAUAUUUGUGUUAUUAGGAAUCAGUUUAUAUAAUAUUGAACUCUUAUCUUUGUAUAAAUGUGCACCUAAUAUACUUUGUGAAUUAUGUAAUGUUACAUUUUAUUGAUUCUAAUUGAUAAAAAUCUUCAUAUAUCUAUGCAAUUUUAUGUAGCCGUAUUGUUAUUUUUGUACAAUGUGCAGUUCAUCAUGUUAAUUUCAUAAUGAUUUAUAACGAAAAAAAAUUAUGGCAUAUAAAUAUUAUAGUUACAUUGUUUUCCGUAAGAAUAAUGGUUUUAAUUUUAAAUAUUAUAUAAUAUUUUGUAUUUUUUUUUUUUUUCAUUCCAAAACUUUUUGAUAAAAUUAUUAAUUUAAAAUAAACGCGUAUUGUUAUAUUUUUGAAUUUUAUAUUUUUUUUAUCGUUAUUCGUAAAAUUGUAUAUUAUGUUUGUGUGCUACCUAUACGCAUUCUCUAUACUUGGUAUUUAAAUCUAAUGUGCGUGAAAUUUGUUGAACUAUUUAUCUUGAUUAAAAUAUAUCAGGUACCUUAUAUAUAUCAGAUACAUUUUAUAUUUGUAUAAAUCACACUUACCUCUGUUUGAAACAAUAUAUUACAUACUGUGUCGAUAAAUAUAUAAAGGUACCUAUAUAUAUUGAUAUUGAUUAAUAUUUCAAUUAAAUUGUUCUUUAAAUUUUGGUGAUGAUAUAUAUGGUUAGGUUAGUUUAGGUUACAGUAUGUUUUACGGUAUACAGAGUGUAUCUACAGAAUUUGACCAUUUUUCUACAUUGCAAUUACAUAGAAAAUUAUUAUUGUCAAGUUUUGCUGAUACACUUUAUAUAUUAUUGAUUUAUUUUCGAAUACCUACGAAGGUUGGCAAUUUCUAAUAAAUAGUGUUAUAUUAGUUUAAAAAUUGUUAAAUUAUAUUCGUGAUGUAGUCACUUUGAACCUUUAUAUAUAUAUAUAUAUAUAUGUUAUUUGUAAUAAGUAUAAUAUUUUUUACGAUAAAGAAUAAAAUAUAAUAUUAUGUAUGUCAUAAAGAAUAAUAUGAUUUCUGUUCGCAAAUUAUAGACAUUUUAAGAGGACGUGUUAUCAUCUGUAUCUAAAAGGUUGCGUUAUUCGAUAGUUUUCAUGAAAACAUUAAAAAUUGUAGACUGUAGUACAAAUAUUUAUAUAAAGAUAUCGGAUUUUAAAGUUCGAACACGGAGUCUAAAUGGGCCUCGCUCUCUCCGUAUUAUUUUUACUAAUUAUUUUGUUAACAUAAACAAUCAAAAAGUCGACGGUUUAUAAACGUUUGGUUGUUUUGGUUUUUUAAUUUAUUAAUUUAUUAAAAACUUAUUGGGUAGUGCUGUCAAAAAAAAAAAAAAGUAACAGAUAAAGUAUUUCUGAAUAUGCUGUGAUAUUUUGGUAAAUCUACUGUAAUUACGCAAAAUACUAUUUUUACGAUCGAAUUAUGAGGGGUAUCAUGCGUAGUACUCUUAACUACUGUUUUAUUAGCUUUGCUCCCACCGUCGUCGUACGCGGUAAAAACUCGAAAACGAAACUUGUUUAAAAUUUCCAAUAGUUUUUUUAGCCCUGUUUAAUUGUUUUGUCAAUGUUGAAAUUGGAGCGUUUUUCGAGGCGUGAAAGUUUCACCCGUGAAGUAAUAUUUUCAUCCGUAAAAAUGAACGUAAUUUUUCCCUUUAAUUGAGUGGAAAUAAAUUAUUGGAAAAGUUUUAUAUCCUUAAUGUAGUUUUUAAGAUUUUAAAAAUAGUUUUCAAAGUUGGAUAAAAUAACGAGAAAAUUGGUAGUAUAAAUGAUUCUGAGAAUCACAGUUUAUUGUACACAUAGAAGAUUUUUUUAUUUCGUUGCCCCUCCUUCGACCCUUGUAGGAUUGACCUGAAGACGCGCCUGUAUACACCGUGAAAGCGCUAUGAUGAUGGACGUUAUCACUCACUUGAGGAAUAUAAUAUAGUAGGUAGUAGGUAUAUGAUAUAUACGCAAUUCCUACGUAAUAUAUAAGGAUAAACAAAAAAGACAAAAGAAAACGAAAAAUCAACGUUAAAAAAAAAGAGUUAACUUUUGUCAAAUGUAAUGUGGUGCAUUAUAUAUAUAUAUAUAAUAUAUGUGUGUUUUAUAUUAUUAUAUUUAAUCCCUCUGUAGUAUUAUAAAUAUAACGGACGAGAGCUUAGCUCACCGACCGUUUUAUAUUAUUUCCCGGGGCUAUUCAUCACCGAUCGCUAUACUAUUAUAUUUUCAUCGUGCGUACGAACCACAAGACACAGACCAGUCAGCGGACUCUUCCGUGUACAGUAUUUAAAUAAUAAUAAAAAUGUAAAUUCUUGCUGACGAAAUACAAUUUCGAGCAGCGAAGUUGGGAUAAACAUAGUGUUUUGAAAUGCCGUGAUUUUGACGAUUUUCGUCAACAUUGGAACGUAAAGUACUCUCAAUUUUUCUUAAACAACAUAUGCAACUUAUGAUGAACCUCUUUCGCAAUUUUCAAGCAUUCCUCAUCGACCGAAAUAAUAGUAUCUCCAUAAAACCAAAUAAAAAUUUAAAAGAAACUCUAAAAUAUCAAAUGCUUAUAAAAUAGCUAAAAACCCGACAGAAUGUUUUGAACAUUGGACCAUAUGUAGAAAAUCCUAAUAUAAGUAGUCUGCGAGAAUUACAGAUUUCAACGAUUAUUUUUAACCGAAUUACAAAAAAACAAAAUCUAAAAUAAUUAUUGUUUUAUAAUUGCCUACUUUUCCUAUGUUUUUUUCUCAGUUUUGUUCAACUAUUAAGAAAACUAUAAAAAAAACCUCCCAAUACAACUUACUAGACGAAAUUUUAUUUUAGAAAAAAUGCUCUAUUAAAAUUUUGGAGUGAAACUUAUUGUUGUUAAUUUGACUGUUUCACAAAAUAGAUUUAAAAUGAUACAAAUGAGUUUUUUUUGUCAUUUUUUGAUUAGAGCAAGAUUUCUGAUAGAAAAGUCGUUGAUGAACAGAAAAUAAAAAAUCGCUUAUAUCAUAGUAAAAGAAAAAUAAAUUCCUCGCUACGUUCAAAAUUUACCAAAUAAAACGAAGCACACAUCAUAAUAAAACCUAUACAUUCAAAUUGCAAACUAAAUAACGACGUAUAUAUUAUAGGUAUAUUACCAUAUUCCCGUUGCAUAUGGAAGGCGGAGUGGCGUGUGUGUGACGCACGGCGCAUAUUGAGUAAACGGAUCAAAAAUAUUUAUUUGUUAAGUGGGGGAAGAGGGAAAGUAAACAUUUAUAAUAAUAUAUUAAAAUACAGUUUAUUAAAAAAAUUGUUAUUGUUCCUGUUUAAAUAACCGGAAAUUACAAAUAUCUACAUGCAUACACUGAUACACAUAAGAUUUUAUAAAAGUUAUACUAUUUUAUUGGUACCUAUCUACCUGUAUAUUAAUUGCUUAUCAUUAUUUUUUUUCAUGCAAUCGCACGUAUAAAGUAUAGAUAUUAUGUAUUGUAAUAAAACAGGUAGGUAUAGUGAAUAUUGUGAAAAAAGUAAUACCAUGUUAUAUUACUUAUUCACAUAUUGCAUCUAGUAUAUACCUAGUACAGUAUACUUAUUUAUAAAUAAUAAUUAUAAAGUGUAUACUUAUAAUAUAAUGCUGCAUAGAAGGCGUCUUGUUUAAGCACUUGAUUCUUGUCACAUUGCACGAUAUUCCGCAAUAAUAUUUCGAAUAAAAUAACAUGCUGUUAAAUUUACGUCGAGAAUUGUAUCGGAAAAUUGAAUAACAUUUAAAUUCUUCUAUUCACUUACAGUUUUAUACAGUGUUACAAAAACGAAUGAGAUUAUUAUUAAUAAAUAAAACCAUUUUAAAUAUUAUUAAACAUGGUUCUGUAUGGUGUUUUUUUAUUUUUUAUAUUUUGAGCGUAGUGAUGAAGUAUUGGUUUUACUAUAGUAUUUGCAUAUUUAUAAUUUUUUUUUGUGUCUGUGAACAAGUUUUUUACCAGAAAUCUUUCGCUAAUUUUCAAGUGUAGCACCGCUUUUUUAAAUCAAAUUUUGUUUAGUUGGUGUAUUUAGUUUAUUAUGGUUUUCUUAAUGAUUGAGAAAAAUCGACGGAUUUACACAAGGUCCAUUAUAAACUAAUAAAAAAAUAGUUUGACAUAAUUUAGUAGUUUUUUUUGUAAUAAGCGUUUGAAAUUUUGGCGAUAAUUUCAAAAUUCACGGUAUUUCAAAAUAUGCGUUCAAUUGAAUUUAGUUCAGAAUUUUUUUUGAUUUAUCGUUACGUUCAGAUAUAAAUUAAAUAACUGUAUGUAUUGUAAAUUACCAAUAUUCCACUUAUAAUAGUGACACACUCUAAAGUAUCAGCUCUUUUUCUUUUAUUUAAUAUCGUUAGCUUUAACUUUUUUUCUAUUCUAUCAAGUACUAUUUGUAUUAUUUUAGCUUCUGAGUGUAGUAAAGAAUCUUUAUUAUAGUAAUUGCUUCCAGUAUAUAAAUUAAAUUACCUUAUAUCCUUGUACCUUUCAAACUUCCCACCUACUACAUUAUCCACAGUGUGAUAGUUUAUUUUAUAUAAAAUCACUCGUCGAAACGAUGCUACUUUAAAAGUAAUUUUGAUGUUUUAAAAUUAUAUUCUAUGUCAGUUAUAUUAGUUAUAAAAUAAUAAUUAAUAUUACUAGUUAAACUAUUAAAACGGUUUUCCAAAUUUUCUUCAAUUUUGUAAAAUUUUAAUAUUAUUUAUUAUCUUUUAAUGAAAAGACGAACACCUAAUCUAACCUACUGCCCGAUACUCAUUUUGACAGACGAAUAUGACGUUUUAGUUUUUAGACAACUUAGUUCGAAUAAAAGUCAAUUUAAAAGUACAUUUUUGAAAAUAUAUUUAAAUUAUUUAAAUUAUUGUAUACGUUUUGUAAAAAACAUUCGUUUUUUUAUUUAGUUAAUUUAGUAUAGGCGCAUUAUAAGUUAACGUUUUUUUCUUAUAAUAAAUUCGGAUUUGUCACAAAAAGAAAAUUAAUAAUAAUAAUGGAAAUAUUUUCCCUACAAAAUGGACAAGAAGUGUCAUACACAGUCAAAUCGUUUUUCAUAACAGAAAUUGGACUAUUGGAAGUAUAUUUAUUUUAUCUAACUUACCUAAUAUAACCUUACCUAACUUAUAACCUAACCUAAUUGCUUUUAACCUUCUUCAUAAACUAUCAAAAACUAUUUACACCAAAGCUUUAAGGGUUUUUCGUUGUCGCUGAAUCGGAAUUAUAAUUUUAUAUUUUAUGAACACUAAUAUUCUUGUAAGUAAUACUGAAAAAAAAUUAUUUUACAAAUUUAAUUCAUUUGUAAAAUAAUUUCAGCGUGCAAGUAAAUAUUAAAAUGUUAUUUUUCAAUAUUACGUUUUAAUAAACAAUAAUUUAUUUAUUUUUUUUUUAUUUUUUUGAUAAUAUUUAUUUAUAUUAAAAUACAUAAUAUAAUACUUUUAUACGGAAUUUUUUAGCCUCGGUAAUUUACAACUUAUUUUUUUUUAUUAUCGGGUGUUUUCUGAGUGUUUAUCAGAUGUGUGUAUUUGUUUGUACAUUUAACAAGUGCAUGUUUUUCAAUAGUAUCAAAUAAGUUUUGAUUAAUUUAAAGAAAACACAAAUCAAGUUACUUAUAUAAAAAGAAAAAUAUUAUAUUUUAUAUUUAAACAUCAAUCAGCAUUCGUGUCAGUGAUUUGAAAAUUGAUACACAAAUGAUAUUCCUGUGUACGAUGUAGUUAAUAUAAUGUAAUAUAACCUAACUAGAACAGAUGUUUUCUAUUUAUUUUUUUAAGUCGACUUUCAGAAAAGUAUAUGUACCUAUAUCAAUUAUUAUAUAUUUUAUAUUUUCCCCCACCCAAAAAAAAAAAAUAUAUAUAUAUAUAAUAUAGUUCUACUACAUAAAAUACUUACACCAUUAUUAUUCUAGGAUAUCGCCAACAGGCUUCUUUUUUGUUCUCCUUCUAUUCCUGAACAUUAGUCAUAUUUGCUUAUCAUAAUGCCUAAUAAGAAUUGUAAAUAUAUUUUAUAAGUUUUUAUAAUAAAGAAAUUUAAAAAACCAUUAUUGUGGUAUGUACAUAUGGUAUAGUGUAGUGUAUAUAGGUACCUACCUCAAUCGAACGUUUAAAAUAUAAUUAACUUAAAUUAAACUAUUUAAAUUUAUCAAAAGUAUAGCGAUGUAACUAUUUGUUUUUUUUAAAUUUUUAAUAUCAAAUAUUAUUUAUGUCUUAGUAUCGUAUAAAUAUUACAUAUGACGUAGAUAUACCUACAUAAUAAAAUGACGAUACAAACCGACAUAUUUCGCAUGAUGGUGGGCCACUGUUGUAGGUGAAAAGUUAGGAAGGUAGGAUAUAUAGAGAGGAAUUUAAUGUAUUUUUAUAUGCAUCUCGUUUAUUGCUCUCAAAAAAACGAUUCUAAACGGUGUUCGGUUAUAUAUGUUUUAAAAGGCUGUAAUCUUUACGAUUUUCUUAAAAAUUUACUAUUAAAAUUCUUAUAAAAAAAAAAAAUUCACAUUAUAAUGUACCUGUAGGUACUCAAUUUUUUUUUUACUACAAAGUGCUACUUUUAAUGAACCACCUGUUAAAUUUCCAAUCAUUUAUUUUUGAUCUAACAAUAUUAUUCCCAGAGUACUUAUCGAAUAAAAAUGACGUUAAAAGUUAAAAUGUCUUAAAAUAGCUCUAAAAUGGCUAAAAUGUUUUGAAAAUUUUAUCAUGUGUAUGAAUUGCUAAUAUUAAGUUUCUGUUCAAAUUUCAAGUCUCUACGAACAUUUUAAACUGAAUUACAACAAAUAGACAAAAUUAAAAACAAUUAAAGCAUAAUUUCUUGUUUCACUCAGAAUCCACUAUAAAUUAAACAACAAUUAUUUAUUAUUUAUAUAUUAAUUAUUACGCUGUUUUAAUUUAGUAUACUGAUGCAUAAAAUACGUUUUGCUGCUGUAAUGUCUUUUUUUAAAUGGAGAUUAUUCCGUAUGAAAUAAAAUAAAUAAAUAAAUAAAUGUGUACCUAUUUGAAUAAAAUAAAUAAAACUCGAUUGUACAAUUUUAUAUAGGCAUUAAUCUCAUAGUUAUGUCUGUAAGUUGUUUUUUAUAACAAUAUAUUGUAGUAACACGUUUUUAAAAAUUGUAAAUGAUAAUUAUUUUUUACUUACGUUCAAAAUCAAAAACGUUUAUUUAAUAUUGCAUAACUCAAUGUCUUAUAACUUAUUGACGUGUGAUCGAAACUAUUACUAAUAAAUUUGUCUAUAAAAAACAAUAAUUGCGUAAUGAAUCGCGAUUUUUAACCCUCCUUCCACAUAGUUUUUUUUCUGAUUCUUAUUCACCGGUAUUCAUCUUCAUAAUAAUACAUUAUGUACAAUGAUGGAUAUUUAUCCGGUAAAUCUAUAUUGGGUAACAAAUUUUAUUAGACAACUUUUAUACUUUUUUAAACAUUUUUAUCACGUUCAUCUCGAUGAUGAUGUUUCCAUAAAGUAUUUUUUUUCCACCUCAUGACUACACCAACUGGUAAACUUAUAAGUAUAACAAUCAAUAACUAUUACUGUAAAAUUAAAAUAUUACACUGUAUCAUUAAAAAUAUGUACAUAAAAUAUAUUUACUCAAUAUUUUUAAAUAUAUAAUAUAAAUACAAAUAUAUUUGUGGGUAAUUACCGGGUAAACACCUAAAGUACUUAAGCCGAUUAUAUUAUUAUUUAUAAAUUGAAAGAUACUGUUAGUUUUUAACUACUCGUUUUAUUUGCGUGGGUUUAUAUACAUUUAUAAUGACAAAUCGCUUUAUAAUAUUAUUAUAUAUUUACAACGGUUGAAUUCAUUCCAAAGUUAAAUUAAUUAAUAUAGUUUUAAUUUCGUAACUCUGGUAGGUAUUGUAAUUUUGGAUUAAAACUCAUAAACUACCUGCUUACGUACACUACCUAUAUUAUAUUAUUCAUUUUAUUAAAGAAAAAAAAACGAAAAAGCUUACCGACUCGUAAUAUAUAUAUAUAUAUAUUUUUUUUUUUACACGUUCUUUUGAUGCAUAUUUCAAUUACUUAUUAUUAUUAUUAUUAUUGUAAGAAAUUCAUCAUAAAUUUAUUUAAAAACUGCGCAAAAUCAUAUUAUAAUAUUUUAGCGGGUUUUUUUUUUUUAAUAAGGCAAAUAAAUAAAUACCUUUCCUAAUUGUAUUAUUUAUUAAUUUGAAGAAAAUAUUUGAAUAUCAGAAACAAAUUUUAUACCUAUACACCGACUUUAUAUUAUCAAACAUCAAUAUUGAAUAUGACAUUAUUAUUUGUAUAUUAUAGGAUGUUUAUAUUAAUAUCUAUAUAUUGUCAUUGAAAAUUAACGAGACUUUAUAUUCCAUCUUAUUCUCGAUCAUAAUAAUAUUAUAAAUGUUUAAUUUACUUCAAAUACGCCGCGGCAUUCGGUCGGUCGACAGUAAACAUCAAAUAUUAUAUGCAUAAUAUAUUAUUUUGUUCAAAAAUCUUGUUAUUUCGAAAUUAACGAUCAAUUACUACGCGGAGAAACUUUCUGUAUUUAUUUUUCCCUCGUCGUUUAAAAUAAUGUUAAUGGCGCGCUCGAAACGUAACGUUCCGAAUUAAAUAAAUUGAGGAUUUAGUAUGCAUGUAAAAUCAAAAAAAAAAAAAAACAAAAACAAGUUAUCCCCAGUGCUGUUUGUGAGUCGUUAACGGGGAGGGCAACCAUCUGCCCCCUCGUCACUUAACGCACAUCGUGUGAAUAUAAAUAUAUUUAUGUUGUGCAACGAUGACGUAGUAACGUCACUGCGAAACCACCGUUAUCGGACAAACGUUAUUAUUACUAUAGGUAUAGUGUUGCGAGCUCUAUAAAGAAAAGCAAAGAAAGAAUGAAUGAAAAAUAAAAAAAAAAUAACCCGUCAAGAAAUCGUUUCUAUAAAACAUUGUGUUGUUAUAGAUUUAGUAGGUACCUAUAAUAUAGGUAUUCCGGUAUUCGUAUACAUUAUUAUUAUAAAAACGGACGUUUAGAUCACAUACAUUUCCCGUAUAUGAGAGAAGAAAAAAAACCACCACAAAUAUGUGUAAUCGACAAACAUUUUUUUUUUUUUUUAUUUUAAAUUAAAAUUCACCCGUAUAAUAUUAUAAAAUAUCCAAUUGCAUCACUGUGUUGUAUCAGGUCCAUGCGUGUGUGUAAGUGUAAAACAAAGAAGUUGGAUUACCAUAAAUUUGCGUUUCCAGAAAUCCGAAAUUAUUAUGUGUCCCUAUAUAUUAUAAUAUAAACGUGUGUGCGUUCGUAUAUAGAAGCCGACCUACGGUAUAGGUUAUAUAGCAACCGUUCACAAAAAAAAAAAAACCGGUUUACGCAAUAAUAACAUUAGAAAAAAAAAAAAAAAUACCGAAAAAACGCGUGCCCCCGUUGAUUAUUUGGCCUCUCGGAGAACGAAUAUUCACCUGCCGAAAACACAACGCGUGCAAAUGGCAAACUCGCGGGGUUUUAUAAUAAAUGGCAUAUUGUAUAUCCAUUUUCUUUUUCUUUUUUUUCUUUUUUCCUAUAUAGCGUAAAUAUGCACGUGUCGUAUUGGCGGCGGUAGCACUCUUGUCGUUUUUGCCUGCAAACACCGGUGCGGUGUAGGCAAACACGACAAGAGUGCCGGUACGGUGGCCCGUCCCCCGUCCGAUACGACAUUUAAUGUUUCCCGCUAUUAUUUUUUCGAUAUUUUCUCGUAUAGGCAUUGACGGAGACGAUGCCGAAUUUUAAAAUUCCUGUUAGUACGUGUACAACAAUCAGUGCUGGCUGGCUAGAUGGCGGGUGAAGCACCGCUUAAUCGACAAUUUUCUUUCCCAUUCAAAUAAAAAUAUAACCGCGUGUAAAAUGAAUAAACGUUAUCAAACACAGAGUUAUUAAAUCGAUAAGUUAUUGAACUGAUUUCAAUUCGAUACAAUUUGCAGAGCUGUUGAAUGUCUCCUUAUCGUUCAAUUAUAAUUUUGUUCUAACGUAAAAACAUAAUUUAAUGUUUUUGAUAUGCAGAAAAUAAUUUUUACUAAUAACCACAGUUGAUAACAAAGUAAGUGGUUAUAUUCAUAGAUAUGAUCAUUUACAUUUACACGAUUAGGACAUUCCAAUUCGAAUAAUACUUUCGUGAAACGUAAUCUAUUCUAUAACAUUACUGUGGUAAUUGUAUAGAACCAACGGAUUAUCAAUAAACCAACAGUUUACAGAACCGUUUCCGUGUAACUUGAUAUUAGUCUAUAAUACAUAGGUGCCAUCUAUCACAAUCUUGAAAUAAAUUUUGUUCGAAUAUCGAUUUCACAAAAAUCUAUAAAAUUCUUGGUAUUUUCGGAUUUUCAAAACAAUCGAUCAAAACCUAAACAUCAACAGGUUGUAAUUAACGACAACAUCAUUUCGUUGUUUUCCAUUCCUUAUACUGUAAUAAUAAUAUUACAUUUAGAUGUCUCGUCUCGCCGUGUAUAUUAAAAUUUCCCCUUGUAAUUUUCAAAAUAUUUUCCCCGGCCACUUGCUUGAGCUCACGAGCCGCCACUGACAAUUAUAUACGAUUUAGUCGUGGGCAUUUCGAAUUUUGUAUUAUUAUUAUUAUUAUUGUUGUUGUGUGCUACGUGUACACACAAUAUUAUUGUCGAGUGAUGGUGAGGAUCGAGAGUGUAAGGGGCUCAUAAUGUAGCAGCAGUGGUUAGCCGUGCGCAGUGUAAAACGUUCCACGACAAAGGGAACGCGCGCGUGCGUUUUGGUGCAUAAAGAAAAAUAUGAGAAAUAAUAAUAAAAACUCCACAAUAAUAUAUAAUAAUACUGUAGUAGGACGACGGCGUUUGGCCUUGAACGCGCGCGCGCGGGACACACGAGGAGAGUUCGAAAAUAUCCAUCAUCGCUGCCGGUGUGAUCGUGACGAUGAUGACGAUGGCACACGCGGUUGAUAUCGGAUAAAAAGACGUUGUGCGUGCGUAUACGUAUAUGUAUAUACAUAAAUAAUAUAUUACACUUAUAUUAUUAUUAUUAUUAUGGACCACUCGAAAAAUAACUGAUGUUGCUUGAUGCUGCUGCAGUGCUGCUGCGCUCGGCCGAGGUCAACGUCAUCCGGACACGGAUUGUGUUAUUAUUAUCAUUAUUAUUAUUAUUAUUAUUAUUAUUGUUGUUAUCAUUGUUAUUUAUUAUUAUUUUUGUUUGUUUUUAUUCGCCCGAAACCGUUGUCGUCGUCUCCGUCGACCAGAUGACGGUGGCGAAUGGUCGUUUUGUUCAAAUAUAGUUUCGUUGUUUGUUUUUUUUUUUUUCCCCUCUAGAAAAAGGAUUUAGUUAUAUUUGAUAUUGUUUUAUAUAGCCGCGAAUGAAUACGGUCUUUUUGUACUUGAUAUAAUUGGUCACGCAUAACGUCAUUUUUUUUCUUCGGUUUUUUAGUAUUAGAUUCUGAGCGGUACGAGAAAUAUAUUGGUUUCAUUAUGUUACAAUAUUUUUUCAUUAGCAAUGGUUUAUAAAUUAAAUUACUUUGUAUUUAUAUAUUGUGUAUAUUUUUCUUUCCAAUUUUCCUGCGAUAAAACAGUGGUACACCGAUCAGUAUAGAAUCGGCCUUCUUAAAAUUUACAAAUACGCGUUCAUCAAAUUGUAUAUAGACUAUAGAUAGUUAUUGACAAUAUUAUAAUACAUAUAUUAAUGUUGUGAUAAAAGAAAAAACAAUAAAAUGUAUAUAAAUUAACAAUUUGUAUUAUAUACAAAUAAAACGUACAGAACAUGUACAGAUACAUUCCACUGUGGACCAUCGCUUAAAUAAAAAAAUAUUUAAUACAAACGGUCGUUUCGCAAGAAAUUCGAUUUUAAUGCAAGAAGAUUUAGCAAGUCCUGUAACAUCUUGGUUUAAGAUCCGCAAACUCGAAAACUCAUUUAUUCUGGAAAUCUGAAAACGUCAAUUUUACUACCCUAUAUGGUCUUAGAUACAUUUUAUAUCAAACUUUUGAUGUCUGUCAUACAACGGGUUUAGUUCUAAAAUGUAUUAGGGAUCGGUAGGGGGCGCAGCAAAACAAUUUUUUUUUUAAAAUUGAUUUCUUUCAAAAUUGUAUCUCUAUAUAUCAGUGACCAUAGGCGUUGCCAGACCUUUUUUGCGGGGGGGGUACGUUCAUUUAUAGGGAGAGGAUCAGUUAAAUUUUAUGAUAAACAAUUUUUUUUAAAAAAAAUCAACUCCAGCCAACUUUGUGGAAAAUCCAUUAAUCAGGCCCUGAGGAUCGGACCAUAAACGUGUUUUUGAUAAUGAAUUUUUAAUAAACUACCAAUGAACCCCAUAAAACGGUUUGGGCACGGUCAAUCUUUUUAUAGUUUUCGAGCGUCUUUCGUCCGAGAAAAGGACGUCGCACAUGCAUUUUUUUUGUUUCCGUUUUAAUACAAAAUAAUAGAAAAACAUUAAUGUUUUAACUAAAAUUAAGUUGAAAAUCGCUAUGACAUAAAUAUCAUCAUUACUCGAGUGCGUAUAAUAUAUGAAGAUUUUGAAGGAGUUGGCGUUUUCUUUUUCUAGUACUUCAUUACAAAACAUUUUAUAGUAUUAUAACAAUUUAAAGAAGACACGCUUUGCAUGAUGGGUGGGCCACUGUUGUAGGUGAGAAGUUGAGAAUGUAGGAUAUAGAAGAAAAUUUAAUGAUAUGUGUACGCAAAGAUUAAACACUGCUAACGAAAAAUGAUUUUGAACAGAGUUCGAUUAUAUAUGAUUAAAAGGCUGUAAUAUUCACGAUUUUUGUUAAAAUUCUUAUUAAAAACAAAUACUACAUUAAUUUCAACUUUUUCUUGUUGAUCGCCAAGUAUAAUAUGAACCUCAUAAUAAAUUGUCAAGAAUUUCUGUUUGGUUUAACAAUUAUAUUCACAGAGUACUUAUCAAAUAAAAAUUUCGUAUAAAACUCGUGAAUUUAAAUGUUUAUAAAUAGCUCGGUUUGAAUGUUUGAACAUUUUACCGCGUCUAGAAAAUUUUCCGAAAUAAGAAUCGAAGGGAGUGGAAACUCAUCCGGAUUCACCGGAUCACUCGCUUCUUAGGAUGAUUUUCCUCACAAUUGGAGUACUGCUAUUAUUAUUAUAUUAUUAAUUUACUUUUCUCAUUUUGCUAUCAGUUCUACGUUUGUAAAAACGUUGUCUUUAACAGGCAAUAUAUACUCGUUAAAUGCACUUGAAGGAAUUCGAAUUCAGCGUUUAAAUCUUUUGAUCCUUUUACUGUAGUAUAAUUUUGCAUUUGCUACCUACUCGUCGUUUACUAUAUAAGUUGUUCGUAGUAGGAAAUAUUUUUGUUUUUACCUACACAAGCUUCUCGUAGGAAUUCGUAGUCACUGUCCAAAUCGUUUGAUCCUUUUCCUGUAGUAUUUCUGUAUUUGUGACUCGUUUCUGCUAGAGUUGUUUGUCGUAGAAAACGUUAUUGUUUUCACUUAACAAAUCGUAUGCAUGGAAAUUUUGAAUUUAGAAAAAGUUAUUGAUAAUAUUACUUCUGUGAAUCCAAUCUGUUAAAUGCGUGUCUUUUUGUUGUAUAUCAACUUUUUCAACAUUAACGACAUUAUUUCGUCUCUGGAAGUUUUAUUUACUAACUGCAAUAACAAAUAGUCGGCCACUUUGGCUAUGCAUCAAGUUUUUGGAUCAAAUCUUAGAAAAAAAUCAUUUAGGUACACUGUGUAUAAUAUCUUCCAGAGUAUCUUGCCGGUCAAAGUGAGUAUAUAAGAUGUAGUAAAAUAUCUACAUGGUAGUAUGAUUGGGACAGGUCAAAUAUAUGACUUACUGCUAAAUUUGACCUACAUCAUGCAAUUUGUCCACAAUAUAAAUAUUUAAGUAUAUUGUAUAUUUAGUUUAAUUACAAAAUAUAUGGUUAGUGCCCGUGUAUGGGAAUCGGACAAUAAUAAAUAAAUUACUAAUAAAAGUAACGACUACAGAUAGAUAGAUAAGAGAUUAAAGCCAUUAUAAGAAACGUAUUUUAAUGCGUGUUUGUUUGUAAUAAGUGUUAGUGUGUCUUUCGUAUUUCGUGUGAUUUAUUAAAAUGACGUAUUGAAUUAGUCAUCUAUAUAUGUAGAUAAACUAUUUUUAAUACUGAGGCUUAGUGUGUUUAAUUUUUACAAGAACGUAAUUUAUUAUUAUUACCAAAAAACGAAAACCAACAAAUAUGUUAAAAGUUAAAAGUGUUUUUUUUCUACGGUUUCUCUGUUGUAAAUUAAAUUGUAUAUCGCGUAAUAACAAUAAUAAUACGUCUUAGUUAUUAUAGGUAUUAGGGUAAUUCUAAUUGAAGACGACAUUAUUUCAUUUUCGUCCAAACUUCAAAAAAUUGAGCCCUAUUUAAGCUAUUUUCAGGACAGUUUUUUUGUUGUCCUGUAACGAAAUAAAUUUUUCCAUUGAAAAUACACGGUUUUUUCUUUUAUUCUGAAUUUUGUUUACAUAAGAUUAAAAUUCUAAAUAUGUCGAUCAUUCCGUAUAAUUUUUUUUCUGUUAAUUUGUAUUUUUCUUUGCAUCGUUUCUAAAAAUAUGUAGUUUUCUUAAUAAAUGAAAACUGAUAGGUAAUUUGUUAAUAUCUGGGUUACCUUAGUAACAAGUGAGAAAAGAUAACCAAAAAUCUCUACUCAUAAUGGUUUUUUGUUAGCAAUGGUUUAUCGUUGCGUACAGGUAUAAACUUAAUUUGUCUAUAUAUUAUCCUUCCAACUUCCCUCCUAAAACAGUGGCACAUCCAUUAGCAAUAUUAUCUUUUUUUAUUUUAUUAAAUAUAAUUUAUACCUAGCUGAUCAAUCGUAUAUUAUACUAUGUUCGUAAUCACUCGAUAUUUAUGUAGUCGACAAAAAAUACAUAAGUUAAAAAUCGUUGUCAUUAUAAUUGCUACGAAAUGCACAGUUUUAAUUAUUGUUAAUAAUUAUUUAUGUGUAAUUGCAGUGUAUUAUAGGUACUGCAAUACUAUAAAACGAUCGAUUGUACCCAUUAUAGUAUUGUGCAUGGCAGAUGACGAGACGUCAUAGUGUGCAAUAUCGUUAUUGUUGGAGGAAGCUAACGGUGGACCACAUUGAACACACGUGGUUUACAAUAAAAAUGCACACGAGAAGGCUUUUCGAACACGCGCUCGGUGGAUGUCGUCAUCGUCGUCGGUUGCAACGGCGGCGGUGGCAGUUGCGGCGAAGGGUCGUCGCCGCCGCAUCUGCUCCACCCCUCCCUCCAUAUUUAAUGUGCUUUCAUUGAUCCGGCCAAGUGCAUAUUUUCUGGGCCCCAUUUGAUUCUUAAAACUUUGUAUAGCCCCCAGCGCCCGAUGCUCUGACUAUACCCACACAUCAUCGAUUUCCCUACCGCGGGUUCAUUGCAAUAUUGUUAUCAUUAUAUUAUUUUCUACAAAGCUAUACUCGUCGUAAUGAUUGAUAAUAAUAAUCGGGUAAACCCACAUGUAUCGUUUGAUAAUUCAUAAAAAUAUUACUCGACUAUAUUAUUUUAUACUCGGCUGCCACACCAAUGAUGGCGGUAUAAGUUUCUUGUUAAAAAAUUUGAUUUUGUUUUUUUUUUUUAUUUUCAUCCGCUAAUAACCACGAAAAUGUUUUGUCGUUUCCUAUUUAUUUUUUCUUUUCACACCAUUGAGCAACGACUGUAGUAGCUAUGCUAUAUAUAUUGUACGUACAUAAAUAUAUUAUUUAUUAAGCGAAAAUAGCGUGGGACUAUAAAAAAAAAAAAAAAUCAACCGUAAACAAUUUAUAUCGAUUUAUGUAGCGACCUUAGCGAAAAAAAAUUUUUAAAAAUUACAGCUAAGAAUUGGCUCUUCCUGUAUACGUCGCUGAAAAACAAAACUCUGAUUUGUCCGAUAAAAAAUUAGCACUGAUACUGUAAAAUCAUUAUUAUUAUACUCACUGUUUUUUAUUAUACGAGUAGUUCAUCGACCAUUCGCGGUCGUUGUGCACAGUUUUUCAUCGUAUACAUUUAAGCGUACACUAUACAGCUAUAACGGUUUGUAAAAAUUUUCAAUAUGAGGUUAUUGUAUGGAAUUAUCUAGGCGAAUUUGAUAUAGUUAAUGUUUAAGUAGUUGGAGCUGACGUAUAUAAUAUUCCAGAAAAUAAACGAACAGAAAUUAGAUUUACAGAAAGUAUUCCAGAUUAUAGAAUGGCCAUUCUUGAUUUUCGGUAAACUAGUAAUAACAUAACGUUAUAGUAUUAUUACUUGUCUUUGAUCGUUGAAGUCAACUGAAAGAUAGUACAGAAAUCAUCGAAAAUAAAGCCGACUGUACCACUGGACGAAAUAUUCACAUAAAACUCAAUUUAUACGAUAAGAACAUUAUGGAGCAUUUCUAUAACCCAAAAAAGUGUUGGCCCAAAACAUGAUUAUAGAUACUGUGGUGUUGUCAAUUGAUCUAUGGUUGUCAAGAAAUAGCAAUCAAAUUAAUUCUUCUGGACUAGCUAGUUUCUAGACAGCUAGUGCUUAUGUGUGCGUGCGAGAAUGCGUGUCAAAUGUGUAGGAUUUCUUAAUUCGAAAUGUUCUCACAAUAUCACACAAGCGCUUGUAGUAUAGAAUCCAGCCGAUACACGGGAGUCGAUUCGGUAGAAAUUUUAUCGAUAAUUAUAAUUUAGUAGGUAGUUAUAAUUUAUGCGGAAAUUAAUAAAAAUUGUCACAUUUUAAAUUAUAUAAAAAAAAAGUUUAUAUUGUAUCGAGUUGAGUAACACAGUUGCAGUACAGAAAAAAUAUUUUACCAGGUUUAUAUUAUAUACGUGUGCAUAGCUAUACUGUUCCGGCCUUAUAACCACGAACAUUUUUUGAUUUGAAUCAUAUUAUAAUGUAUAUACAAUUUUUAUUAAUUUCUUAUUUUCACGAGUAUAUUUUAUAUUCUGACUGUAGUGAAAAAAUGAUUUAUUAAGAUGUGUUUUUUUCUUUCGGAAAACACUUUUUCAGUAUAUAAUAAUGCUCAGACUUUUUCACACAGUACACAUCUUAAAAAUAUGUGGAUUUCUCGCCAAGGUGGUAUUUAACUUGAAAAAUUGUUCUAGAUUUUCAACAGUUAUUCUAUAAAACUAAAAAAUACUAACAACAAUUAACGGCACAAUACAUAUGUUUUGUCUUUCUUUAUUUCUGGGAUGUACAUCGGUACCUUGUUGGCUAUAUAGAAUCGUUGUUCAAUUUCAAUAGUUUAUCGUCGAUUUCAUUAUAAUUUAAAUUAAAGAUUAUUCUACAUCCAAUUCCUUCCAAACUUUUCACCUAUACAACGGUGUAGCCUAUCCACAGCCCGGCUUGUUUUUUUUUUUUUUUAAUUAUAAUUAUAAUUACCUGAUGUAUAUCUUAUAUAAUACGACCUGCUUGUAAAGUUUUAAUAAUAUCAAUGAGAGAAAAAAAUUGUGUACCUACCAAUAGGACAUAUUUUAUUCAUUUCAUCGUACAAUUUUACUUUAGGGCACACAACAUAAUGUUUAUUUUGCUGUGAAACUAUACUCUAUUUAUGGACAACUCCCAAUUAUGGAAUUGUCUCGAUAACAAACAAUAAUUCAAACUGUAGUUUUUUGCUCUCGUCGUUUUUUCUCAAUUAUAUCGAGAUUUCAUCAUUGUGCGCAACAUAAUAUUUUAUUUUAUAGGAAGUGAUUUCGUUUAUUUUGUGGUGGUUCGAUUCGAGUUAUUUUUAUAAUAAAUAAAAUUAUGUGUAUAUAUAUGUAUAUAUAUUUAAAUAGUAGCAUUAUAUACAAAUCUUAACAAAAUAAAAACGAACAUGCAUGGUAGUGUGGGAAUAUAUCCACCUCACGACCUUUUAUUAUUAUUACUUUUUUUUUUAUUUAUUUUAACACGUAUGCUAUAUUAUUAUAUACAUAUUAUACACAUUGCACACACAUAUAUAUAUUGUAUACAAAAUAAUAAUAAUUUUUUAAAAAUGUUUAAAACGUCAGGUUUAUCCUUCUCCCUUCCACACAACAAAAUCAUUUGACCCUCACUGAACAUUACAUUACGCAUCAAUAGUUUUUAACGAUGAGAGUAAAGAAACAAUUAUGAAAUAUUGUCCCUUCUUCGUGAUUUUUUUUUUUUUUUUGAUUGAUUUAAUUUACACCGUAUAAUUGUAAUUUUUUAGACUCUGAGGGAAGCGAUGAGGAAUGUAUUGGUUUUAUUAUGAUGUGUUUUUAUUUGUGACAACUUUUUUACCAGGAAUCUUGUUCCAAUCAAAUAUUAUUCCUUGUAUUUUUUUUAUUUAGUUGGUGCGUUAAUGAGGUCAUUUUUUGAUUUACCUAUUGUUGUUUCAUUUUAUAAAUGGGAUAAACUGGCAAUUUUUUGUAUAAUUUUUGUUAAUUUCUUGGUAUUACCUUGAUAAUAACAAGGAGAGGAAUACGACUAAUUAUAUUAUGCUUAGAAUUGUUUUUCUCGUUAUCAACGGUUGGUUGUUGGGUGUAUAUAUAAAUUAAACUCUACACAUAUCGUCCCUUCCAACUUCCCAUUUAAAACAGUUGCAUAUCCAUCAACAAUAUCAAAUUAAAAAAAAAAUAAAAAAUAUGUUUAUUUCAUGUUUGCGUUAUGUGAUGAAUUUCCACCCAUAAAAAAACGGGACUUGAACGUACCCGGGUUGGAUUAUACGAAACUUUUAUCAUAAUAUAACUAAUAACAUAUAAUAUACGAUAUUCGUUUCGAAAAACGGAACAUUUUCGCGUUGUAUUAGGCCCUAUAUAAUAAUAUGUUAAUUCGCGAGGGGUUUAUUUUUUAAUCUCGGAUGAUUACGGUAAUAUUGGCGGUGUAUUUUUACAUGACCUGUGUAUGUGAAUUUUUUUAUUUAUUUAUUUACUCUGGUUUUUUGUUUGUAAGUAAUGGCAAACGAACUACCGCGUUAAGCGUAAAUUAUCGCCCGACUACACGUGCGCACAAGAAACGUAAUAAUAAUGACUUAUAAUAAUUGGAGAAAAUCAUAUACUCAUCGUGAUGUUGUUUGUUUUAUGCGCAGUGCGAGCAGACACAGCCGACGAAAUCGGACCCGAUUCGACGUGGAUCGUGGAGCCGCCGGAGACCGGUGUGGCAGUCCGAGGUAAACCGUACACGAUAAAAUGUCACUCCAACUUGCCGAAUGUCACGUAUCGAUGGAUGUUCAACAACCGCACUUUGGAUCUAGUCAAAGACUCGCGCCGCCGGAUUCUACCCGACGGUUCUCUGUAUUUUAAUAAAGUGAGUACAACAAUAUACAGGGUAUAUUAUACACUUAUAGCGCGAAUUAUUUCGGGCAUGCCGACGUAUACCCUAUAGUGUUGUUUCGGCUGUUCCCGUCCCCGGGGGCAACGAGAACGGGAAUAAGAAUAAAUGGAACGUACCUUGCACUUUUUAACGCACCAUUUUGUUGCGUGGAUGUACAGAUUACAUCCACAUUAGGAAUAUUUAUUUUUUUUUUUUUUUUGAGUUCUUGCAACAAAUUUUUCAGUGAAAUUAAUAUUUUUCAAAUUUUAAAUGCGGCAAGCAAUGCAAGACACCGGAUGGCGUGGAUCAGUGCUAAAUAGUGUCUCAUCCUUGUAUAAAAUAUUCAAAACUAUUGAAAUUAUUAAAAUAAAUUUGAUAGGUAACAAAAUAUUAUGAACUAAAACGUUCCCAACACUUUCCCAUAUUAUCGGGAAUAGAACAACACUACGGCCCCAAGAACGAAUCAAGGAGGACGGGGCCCUUUGAUAACUAGACAUUUUGUUCUUUUGUUUGGACGAUGUCAUAAUAUAUAAUUCCGUCAUAGGUAUUUGUAUUAUUAAUAAAUUACAAACUUUAAGCAAGCAAAAAAAAAAAAAAAAAUGUAUCCGUCGAGUUGUAAAUACACAUAGUGCUUAAUAUAACAAUAAUAACGGAUUCAAGAUAAAAUCGGUUUUGAAAAUCUAUUUGAAAAAUACACCUCACCCCUCCCCACAAUUUCGUUGCUAUGUAUUUAAACCGAGAUAUUGAGAAGUUCCUGGGCGGAACUUUUCAACAAGGCCUUUAAAAAUAUACAAACGAUUUUUAAAAAUUAUUAUUUGAUAUAUUAAUGUGUUCAAAAAAAAGAAAAAUUAGAAAAUCCAAUUAAAAAAGAUCCACAAGUCCACAAGUAUUAUGCAAAAAGAUAAAUAUAUUGUUAUACAAUAAAAAGUUAUUACUUACUAUAGUUGCUUCAAUUUAUGAAUUAUCAAGCAAUUAAAUAUCAAAAUACAAAGGUAUAAGUAUUAAGAAACAUGCUGAGGCAGUGAGGCUCUUGGAGUCCUGAGGCACGGUGGUGCCUCUACUCAAUUCCCCUUAAUGUGUUUGUAUAUAUUAUUUAAUUUCCCGUCCUAUUUUAAUCUAUUAUAUGCAUCUAAUAUAAAACAGUAUAUUCAUAUAAUCAUAUGCGCAGUGUAUCGAUAAAACUAUACGAGUGAGUCCGUGGUUCGUAAUUGCGUUUCCGUACAUUACAUAUUUUAAUUGUAAUCGAGUCACUAUACAGUCGUCAUCGUCAUCAUGUCACAAAGAUCUUAACAAUUAGAAGAAAAAAAAAACACGUAUCGGAUAUUUUUUAAAUUUGUUUAUUACUUUUGUAACAUUAUACAAACGGCAAUUUGUAAAGUACUGAGUCAGCAUUAUAUUCGAACAAUAUAAAUAAAUGUUAACACUGUGGGUUCUCUCAUAAUACACGAUACCGUGAAACAUUUUAGUCGGUUAGAUUUAGAUUGAAGUGUGUUUUUUUCAGGAAGAUUGGGGGAGGGUGUUCAAAAAUACACUUUAAAAGCCUAUUUUCAAAAAAAUGUUAAAUCUUGCGGUGCGCGCAUGCUAAAUAAUAUACCUAUAUUUUCCUAAAUAGAAACGCUUACUUUUAACAUCAGAUUCGAAUAGCCUACAUUUUUCUUGAAGCAACAUUGACGAAUAAAAUGUAUUUCUAUUUCAAAAUUGUCUGAAACACCCGGUACAACCUACUAAACUCUAUUAAAAAAUACAAUUUUGCAAAACAUUUAAAACGUAUACAAUUAUGUAUGUGUAGUUUUAUGGAUGAUAUUUAUUUAUAAUAAUUAUUUUUGCGUAAAACAAUUGUCAAAUUUCUUCGCUUUUAAAAUUCUGCGGUUUAAAUAGAAAAAGUUUUUUUAAUAAACGUUAUAGAUGUCUGUACAGAAUGUGUAUGUCGGGUGAAAUGAAAAAUAAUUAUAUCAGUCGAAUAAGCUCGAAAAAAAACGACAUUAUUAUUCGAAUCUGGUAUUUAUUCAAAUAGACGGCGUUUCCGUUUUAAGAAAAAAUUCUCAAAAUUAGUGCCUUAUAUAAAGCGGGUAUAGUUCUAAAUAUUCAUCCAUCAAUUUGAAACAAAAAAAAAAAAAAACACAAUUAGUUUUGAAUAAAACGUUCUAAGUUCAAAUUAAAAUAAAGAUUCUAAAAUUGUAUUUAAUUGGUUGAUUAGCACGGGAUUUAUUAAUGAAUCACAGAUUCCUACGCCGUCAAAACAAACGUCCUAUUUCAAACAGUGUACUUGGUUUCUGUGUUCGACAGAAAAUGAAUUAUCUACAAUGGCGAUGCAACGAUGGUACUAUUUUUAAUUAUAAUAUGUAUUCAGUAGCGGUCCAGACUUAUACUAUAUUACAUAAAAUAUAGGUCUACCAUCUUAGUUGAUGAUAGGCCACGCUUGAUGUCUAUUAUGAUUAAAAUAUCUCGAUACCAGAUAACGAAAUAUCGUACUUGGGUAUUUGUGCUUGGUAUUGACAACGUCCAAAUGGCCAAUCACUCAACUCCUCAACAGAGGCCCAAAAGAUUUUAAAAGAGAAAAUUUACGGCAUACAGAAUCCGUAUAGUGUCUUGUAAAAAACUAGGAUAAUAUCCACAAUGCUAGAGCCAGCAAAGGGAAUGAUCUCCCUAAUAAAAAUCUAACCGUGCAAAAAUGGUCAAGUCCUUGGCUCCCUCCAAAAACAGUCGAAGUGGUUUUAAAUAGUUAUCUAUAUAUUGUGACCAAGUCUGUUUUAUGUCUCGUUUAUGAAUUGGCCAAGUGUUAAACAAUACAAAUAAAAGAGCAGUGUUACUCAUGAAAGUAAGUGGGGCGGAGUGCAGUUAUAUAAGAGGACUAAAGAAAGCGUAGACUUAGCCGCAAUGUAGAUAUCACUACGUUGAUAUGCUAACGGCUUUUGGAGGGGGCCAGGGACUUGACCAUUUUUACACGGUUAGGUUUUUGUUGGGGAUUAUUAUUACCUUGUAUACCCUAUAAUUACAAUGACUAUGUAAUAAUAUGAAUAUAAUUGCGUAUAACUUUAUCCCUAUAUAUAAAUUAUAAAGGAGGAAAUUCGCAUUAUUUAUAUAUAUAUAUAUAAAUAUAAAUAAUACAAAUUUCCUCCGUCACCGACGUUAUUAUUUCCGUCAAAUUAGUAUAGGUAUUGUAUUGCUUCGCGUAUUAGCACUGGUCGUUACUCGUUAUUAUUUUAUUUCAGGUGGUGAAUAAAAAAUCAAGCGACGCGGGAUCCUACAGAUGUAUAGUACAAACGCCCUACGGUGCAGUUUCCUCAAAAACAUUUACAUUGCUAUUAGCGGGUAAAUACCUAUUAUAGUAAUAUAAUAUUAUAUAUUUUUUUUACUUCUAGUCCUUUUGAAGAAAAUUCAUAUUUCAUUAUACGAGUACUAAAUAUAUUUGGCUGGGAUUUCGAUGUGCUUUGCGAUGUUUUUUAUUUUAAAUCUUGCUAUGCAAUGUUCGCGCACAAAUUUGAUUUUAAAGUAAGAAUUGUAGGGUUUUUGAAACAUUUUUGGACGAACAUUUGAAUUUUAUAUUUGAUAUCAAGAUUUUUACACACUACUAUGAUUUUUGUAUUAUAACUAACUAUCAUUCAUAUUAUAUAAUUGGACAACAGUAAUAACAAAACCUAUAUAUUAUGUACAAUCGUUAAAUUUUAUGUUUAAUAAUAAUAUGGCAGAGCAAUAAAAUCGAUACCGUUCGGUAGUAGGAGUUUUCCAGAUUAAAAGAAGUCCUAGUCAAAGCGUUCAAUUCUGUCUGUAAAACUUAAAAAUAAAAUCGUGUAUUUAAACAUAAUUCAUGAUAGAUAACGGAAUUAUUGAAUAUAAAAAACAAUUUUAACGCAUUAUUUAUUUAGAAGUUUUAGGUCUUAAAAGAAAUUUGUAGGGUAUUAUAGUGCAUUACACGUUCCUAACCUUACCCUAAUUAUAAUACCGAUAUCAUUUUCAAAUACUGGAAUGUAUAAGUUGCUUUGCGAAUCGGGCAGUAUCAGCUUAUAAUAAAUAUAAUAUAUUAUUUGUAUGUCCGUUAAGUUGGCACCAACACAUUAUGCUAGGACUAUACAACCAGUAUUAAUAUUUUGCUAGGAAUUUGCUAGAUUUUACUAGGGCAUUUUUAAAUUUUGCUAGAGCCCCCAAACUUCGGAAAUCUACAAAACAAACAUGCUGGUACUAUCUUUGUGGCUGCACCGGUACAUUGUCUGAUUCCAUAAAAAAAUAUGCCAAAAUAUUCAGAUAAAUUAAUUAGAUUUUCCUGGAUUUUGUUAGGACCCCUCUCACCUCCGGAGAGGUUCCAAAUUUUUAAGUCAGCACCUGCACUUUGUCCAAUUCCUUAAAAAAUGAUGCCAAUGUAUUUCGGAAAUACCUGGUUAUUGCGCCAGACCCAUGGAGUAGUAUUACUAUUUACUCUAUGGCUAAACCAUUAAACAAACUAUGUAUAGAACGUGAUGUAAUAACUUUACUUAGUGUUAUCGUAUAUAAGUUAUUAAACUUCUUUAAAUUAAAAACAAAUUUUAAAAAAGUAUGACUUAAUAAUUAUAUAGAUAAAUGUAUGAUUUCCUUGAAAUUGUAUGUGUAAUAUAUUAUUAUAAAUUAAAAAUUUGUUGUAUUUAUCUAUACUUUUUAUAAAAAUAAAAUAUAGAUAAAACCGAAAUUUCGUUGGUUUCAGCAAAAAUUUGGAACCUCCCCUGAAGGCGAUAAGGGUCCUAGCAAAAUCCAAAAAUGCCCUUGUAAAAUCUAGCAAAUUCCUAUCAAAAUAUUGAUACUAGUUGUGAAGUCCUAGCAUAAUGUGUCGAUACCAACUUAACGGACAUAUUAUUUGUAUGUGUUUUUGAAACUUUCAGUAAUAUUGGACAUUUGUAAAAAAUUACAUUAUUAUAUUUUUUAAUUAUGUUUUGUUUUAAAUCGUCGCGAAACGUGAUAUUUUAACUGUAUGGUACACCUACCUAUAUAAAAUAAACAUUACUACCCCUGCUUUAUAUAAAAUAUUAUACUUACAUGUAUUAUUGAAAAUAUUUCAAACGUUCGUUAGGGAAUUAUAUUUCCUGCGUGAUGCAUGUAUACAGGAUGAUUCAUUUAUCAUAUAAACCAGUAGUUUUCUCGGAGCAUUUUAGAGUGAAUUUUAAUUGUAUUAUAAAUUAUUAUUAAUUUCAUCUUAAAUUGUUUACCUUUAUACUCCUUAUUAUUUCUUAAAUGAGUAUACGCUUUUGAUAUAAGGAACAUGGUCCAACAACUUAAAUUUGUGUUAAAAUAAAAUUUAUUCGAUUCCAUAAUGAUUGUGUACUAACUUCGCAAAAUUGGACCCCCAAUUACGUUACAAUUGAAAAACACAGAAAUCGAAUUCACUUUACAAUUCUACGAGAAAAUCGCUGGUUAAUAAUAUAAAUAGAUCACUCUGUAGAACCUUUAUUAUUUCGAGCGAAUUUUGUACGAUUUCUCAUUAAAUACAAUAAUACUCGUAGGUAUGUCGACAAUAUAUCACCUGUGCAACGGGAUAAAACUUAAAUUUAAUUUUUAAAACAUCGAGUGCUUCAAUAAUAAUAAUAACCUUCGCGAUUUUGAUAGGGUAUUAUUUCUAUACUAUGAAAAUUAUAUUAUUGUUUUCCAAUAAGACAUUAAAAAUUAUUAUAUUUUGUUCAGGAUCUAAUAUUUUAUCUAUACAGUUGGCACUGUUUUUAAUUAAUGUUAUGUUAAAAAAUACUUAUAAAAUGUUAUGAAUAUUUUGUUCUCUAAUAUAGUCUUAUCGUAUCUUAUAUUUUAGUUUUUAAUAGCUAAUUAGUUAAUAAAGUUAAACCAAUAAUGCAGAGAUAUAAAUUGGGAAAUUAAUUGAUUGAUGAUUGUUUUAAGACGGAAAUCUCCGAUUUUGAAUAUCUGCGAGUAUUUUAUCAUUUUGGAUUUCAAUUGGAAUCUAAUAUAAUUAUCACGAUAUCCUUUUUCACAUCAAAAAAAAAAAAUUAUAAUAAUAAUCAAUUUUAAUUUAGGUUUUGUAUUUAUUAUUAUAUUAUACGGUGUCCUACAGUAUUAUUCGAAUACUAACUGUUAAUAUUAUUUUUUUUUUUUUAAUUUUUUUUUUUAAUCGGGUUUUGUGUCAAGGGAUUACAAAUGUGGAGAAAGAUUAAAUUUUUAUUUUCAUCCUUUAAUCACUAAAAAAACGUAACUUUAUUUUUUCAUUUUUUACAAUUUUAAAAAAAAGUCAAUUUUUAAAAUUAUUUUAAACAUUAAAAUGUAGUUGCCAUACUUACAUAUUCGAUCAGAAGUUUUUUAAUAAUGGUUUUUUUAAUUUCUAUAAAAUAAGUGUGAAAACAAAUGAUUUUUAAUAGAAUAAUACGUUACGUGUAAAGGAAUCACAAUCGGCACGGUAAUUUCUUAUCUUUUAUUGAAUAUCCAUUAUUGUUUUCACAAUGCUUUUUUUUAUAGAGGUACAUUGAAGCCGCUAUAACUAAGAAAUUAUUAAUCGGAUAUGAAUGUAUGAUAGAUUUAGAUUUUUAGAAUAAUAUAUUUUACAAAAUAGCUAUUUGAACGUUUUAAAAAGUGAAAAAAUAAUAGUUUUUCUUUCUCCAGUGAUUAGGGGAUGAAAAUGAAUAUUUAAUUUUUCUCUGCAUUUGUGUCCAUUUGACACAAAAUUCAAUUGAAAAAAAAAAAAAAAAAAAAAAAAAAAUAUUAACAGUUAGUAUUCGGAGUAAUUAGCAUACGGAUAACACUGUAGGACACACUAUAUACCUACCUAAUUAAAAGAAUGCUAUACCCGCAUUUAAUGUGUGGGCAACAAUGCAACAAAGCAAAAUCACGUUACUUAUAGAACAUACAUUUUGGCGUUUACAUUAAAAAUAAAGUUUAAACACAAAUAACAUAAGUUAUAAAGGACAAUAUUUCCGAGGGUUUUGGUUGUGCGUAUAUUUUUUCUAAAAAAAUGUUGCACAACAAAGAUAUAGUUGGGUAUUUAAAAAUCAAACAUUUAUUUGACUAUAACUUGUUUGUAUGAUAAUUUUUUAGAUUUAAAUUUUAAUUAAAUAAUUUUAAUCUUUAAAUUUUGGUAUUUAUUUUUCAACCAACGAUAAAAUGUAUGUUCUAAAAACGUUAUUCGAUAGUUAGUUCGACGGAGACUACAUAUACGGGUAUGGUAUACUCUUAAGGUUAGGUAAACGGAAAUAUAUAGAAUAUAUGACAAGAAAAUAUUUAUUAUUUUUUCUACGUGAUUCGUAAUAAUUCGCGAUGUCAAUGAUUGUACAUUUCCAAUUAUUAUUUUCGCGUCUGACGAGAACUAUAUAGAUACUAUUAUAAUCUUCUCAAUACUAUAAAAUAUUUCAAAUAUUAAGUCACGUAAUAAUAUAGUUCAGUAUAUUCUCAUUUUUUUUUCAGUACAACAAUUUAUGUCUCGAUUGAUUAUUUUUAUUGAGACGUGACAGUGUUAUUAUUUGUCACAUUUUAAAUGUAUGAAACGUUAGAAACACCUAUUCUUUUCCGUUGGCCAUUCAAAGUAUGUGUAUAUAUAUAUAUAUAUAAAAAUGGAACAUAACAAUACUGCGGUGGCGGAUCCAGAGUUGAUUUUUUUUUUUUUUAUUUGGGGAGGGGGCGGUGCUCCUAAAAAUUAUUACUUAACAAAAAAAAAGAUACUGGUGAUGGACGCCACUAUUGUAGGUGGGAAGUUGAGAAGAUAGGACACAUAAGGUGAUUUAAUUUAUAUUUUUAGCACCGAGGCUACUGCGACCCAAACCCCCCCCCCCCCCCNCCCCCCCAUUAGAUCGGCCACUAGUAACAAGAUUGUUUAAUAAGUAUAAUAAAUUGUUUUCCAUUGAAUAUAUUUAAGUUUUAGAUUCUGAGCGGAGCGAAGAAUGUAUUCGUUUUACAAUGAUGUUAUUUACUUUUUUUUAUACUGUAUACACAAUGUCUACUAAAAAUCUUGCUCUGCUUUACGUGUAUUGCAUUUUUUCUGAAAGAAAAUUUUAUCUAGUUACUACUUUAGGAAGGUUAUUUUUUGAUUUGCUGAGCGUUUUUCAUAAUAUUUGUGAAAAACCGAGAAAAACUUAAGAAAACCGGGAAAAUUUACGAAAAUAAUGCAUUUUUAUUUUCAAUUAUGUUUUUUUGUUGUCAUUCAGUUAAAAAUGUUAACAGAGACUUAAAAUUUAAACAGAAAUCUUAUGUUUGCUUUUUCUAGACGUAUUAAAAUUUUCAAAUUAUUUUAGCCAUUUUUGAGCUAUUUAUAGACAUUUAAAUUUUGCGAGAUUUUUCCGUAACUUUUAUUCGGUAGGUACUCUGUGGAUAAAUUUGUUAGACCAAAAAGAAAUCCUUGAAAAUUAACAGGAAAUUUAUUAAAAAUUGUACUUAGUUGAGUUUAAAGUAGUACUUUUUUAAAAAUUAUAACGAAAAUCAUAAAUAUUACGGCCUUUUAAAACAUGUAUAACUUAACAACGCUUAGAAUGGUUUUUUGUUACCAUUUAAUCGUUGAAUACAAAUGCGUAAAAUUCCCCUCUUUAAUAUCCUAUAUUUCCAAUUUCUCAUUUACAUACAGCCCACACAGCGUGCGAAGUAUGUACAUUAUUUUUAUUUCGAAUUCAUAAACAUUAAAAUUUAACUCAAAAAUACUUAAAUUAUAGCGCCAGCAUGUAAUAAUAAUUUAUGUAAAAAAAAAAAAAAAAAACAAUUUCAAUAGAAAAAAAGUUAUUAAAUUUCUUAAAUAGUCCUGUUACAUCCUGUAUAUGUAUACACUACUACAAUACUUUUAAUUGAAAUCUAAUUACGGAUUACUAAGAUUAGUUAGUAGUUUAGUUAUCAUUAUAGCCCUUUACAUUGUUUACAAAUUAUACUUAUGGAAUUUGAUGAAUUUGAAAUGGUAAUUAAAUUAUUGUAUUAAUCAAUAUCGUUUUUAUUAGUUUUGUAUAGUUUCUACAACAUAAAUUACACGUUUUGAUAAUAUUUUUUGAAAUUCCUUAUAAACUAUUAAAUUGUUAAUUUUUUUUUUCAUUGUUUUGUACAUUUAUUUUUUUUACACUUUAAUAAUAUUUUUAAUAUAAUAUUAUAUUCCUGUCAAAAAAAAAAUUGUGACUAAUUUUAUGGUUGUUUGAGUAUAACAAUCAUAAGUAUAAAUGUGCUUAUGAGUUAUAUGUGUUGUUUUAAUCAUGUUGUACCUAAUACAAUUGAUCUGUGUAAUUACGGAUUUGUUUCCUAUAUUUGUAUAUUUUAAAAAUUGUUUAUCUGAAUUGAUGAAAUUAUAAAAAAUUAAAAUUAUAAUUCCCUCUUUCUCUUUUUUUCUUGAUUAUAUGAAAUUGUAAAUUUAGGAUUUGACUGAGCAUUUUUGAAACAUACAAAAACUUUUGAAAUAGUAUUUAAUAUUUUAUUCAAAUAUAUGUAAUUUAAAAUAUUUUAACAUUGAGUAUGCUGAACAAGUUAUUAUUAAAUUUACACAUUAUCUUUAUCUUACAAAUUAUUAUAUUUUUUACAUUUAUUUUCUUCAGCCCUUCAUGAUUUUGAUGAAUCUCCAGUCGGUGUAACUGUUAAUUCAGAAGCUAGUCGUUCAAUCAUUCGAUUUACUUGUCACGUUAAUUCAAUACCCGAAGCAACUAUUAUGUGGCAGAAAAAUGAAAUUCCUCUGUCUACUAACAAUAGGUAAAUCAUAAUUUUCCAUUACAUAAUUAUAAUACAUUUUUUUUUUUAAUAAACGUUUAUUCCUUUAUAGGUUUAUAACAAAAGUUCCUGGUGUACUAUACAUUAAACAAGUCAAUGAAAAUGACACUGGAAGUUACAGGUUUGUUGUUGAAUAUUAAUCUAUAUAGUUACUGAAACCAAUAUGUUUAUUUUUUUAUUUUGUUUAUAAAAUGAUAUAUUGAUUUAGGUGUGUGGCAAAAAACAAUCUAAUGAAUAAAACCAAAUUUAGCGAAGUCGGUCAUUUGAAAGUUGAAAAGAUUAAUAAUGAUUUAUCUUCUGGAUCUCAAUCAAAUAUACAACCUCUUGCGUUAAUCUCACCUAAUACUUUAUACCCAAUUGUGAAGUAUGUGGCUGAAGGCGAAAAUGUGACAUUUGAAUGUGCUGCUACAGGUGUUCCGUCUCCUCAGCUCAAAUGGUCAUUUACGGCCUCUAUAGGUAAAAUAGCAAAUAAAAAAUAAUUAAAUAAGGAAUGAUAAUCUAAAAUGUAGGUUGUUGUAUAGGAAACAAACAGAAUACCAUGCUCAGCAAUAAAGAUACUUAUGUCAAUAUAUUAAGCUUAACAAGGGUAACUACAAACUCAUCAGGAACAUAUACAUGUCAUGUGUUCCAGCCUAUGACAAGACGGCCAGAUUAUUUACAUGCUCAAGUAAUUAGAAAUAAACUUAUACAUAUUUUCAAGUAUGAUUAAUACAGUGGAUUCGCCAGUUGCCAAUCGGCACCAGAUAUCAUCUGUGUUAUUUGUUGCUUGUUCCUACUGGUUAUCCACCAGGAAAUAUUAGUAGCAAUUUAUUUGCUACUAUGUUUUUAAUGUAUACUUAUCUUAUUUGUACACAAAAAAAAAAAUCCCUGUCUGUAAUUUUUUUAUUAUAUUUUUAAUAAAAUUGUAUUUAUUAUCUACUAAUUUUUGUAGGUUUUUCAAUUAGAAGUAAUGACACCUCCCACAAUUACUAUUCGACCUGAAACACGAAGCGUGCCUCUUGCGAAUUCUAUUCGUUUGAAGUGUGGAGUUCAAGGUAAUCCAAUUCCUAAUAUAACAUGGUAUCUCAAUGGUGAAUGUUUAAAGUUUUAUGGUAAGUUUAAUUUGUUUUAAUAGAAAUACACCUGUGUAAUCCAUAAAAUAUUUAUUUUUGAGUUAAGGUCGUGUAAAGAUAAACAAGGAUAAACAACUUUUAUUAGUAAGCAAUACAGUGUCAACUGACUCCGGGAUUUAUCAAUGUUUUGCAUCAAAUCAAUAUGGAACUACAUGGGCUGGAGCAUUAAUUACUAUUAGCUCUUCUUCCUACAAACCAGCACCACCUAUUAAUAUCAGCUGUCGGACUUUAUCUCCUACUCAAAUUCAAGUUUUUUGGCAAAAGUCUCCAAAAGAUAUCCCUGAUAAUCCACCUAUUCAUUUUCGCCAAGAUUCUAUUCAACUUGUUCCUGCUCACAGCGAAAAUCCAUUAUCAUCAUCAUCGGCUACUGUAGCUACAGAUAUAAAAAAUAAAUUACAAAAUGUCUAUACAAUACAUUAUAUGAUAACAGGUAUAGUUUGAUUUUAAUUUUGUUUUUAAUUUUAAAUUUAAUUUAGUAUCUGAAUUAUAGAUGGGGGUGAAGAAACACUAAUAGUCAGUCUAAACCAUUCUAUUAUUGUCGAGAAAUUGAAACCAUACAAGAACUAUACUUUUUAUGUCAGAGUUUAUAAUCGAAAAUCUGGAUCUGAUCAAUCUGAAAAAGUAACGUGUAAAACUCAAGAUGAAGGUAUACACUUGUCACAAUAAUAAUUAUAAUAAUUAUAAUAAAUUAAUUUUUUGUUUUUAUAGCACCACAGACAGUCCCUGAUUUAAAUGUUAUUCCACUCAGCCCAAUAUCAUUGCAUGUAGAGUGGUCUGCAAUCAAUGCAAAUUUGGCUUUGUUUGGCUCGAUUACUCAUUAUCAUAUAAUGUGGAGACGGUUUGGUAGUGCAUCAAAUUAUAUACAAGUGUUGCAUAAAAAUACUAGACAAUACACAAUAACAGGUAAUUAUAGUAUAUUUAUUAUAAUUUUUUAUAUGAUUAAAAGUUUAAAACAACAUUGGCAUGUGAUAAAAAACUUAUUUAUAAUUAUGUAUUUAUUAACAAAAUGUAUUUAUAUAUAUAUAUAUAUAUAUUAGGUCUCAAACCCGGUGGACAGUAUGAAGUACAAGUAUUAGGUGCAACACAAAAUGGUUUUCCUAAUAUAGAUUUCUCAUGGAAUUUUGUUGAAUUACCAGCUAUCGAUCCCAUUUUACCCCUUCCGGUUUUGAACUAUACCAUCAGCAAAUCAUUGCAACUCAUUAAGGUUUGUAUACUUUUAAUUGUUUAGCUUGAUAUAUUCCCUGCGUUUUAUUGGUUUAUUAAUCAUAUUUACUAUAAUGUAUACUUUUAAAUUAAUUUGUCUGUAAUUUACCAAUGGAAAUUUAAAUACAAUUCAAUAAAUAUAUAUAUUUUUUUUAUUGUAGCUUUCUUGGUCUGUUGAUGAUUGGUCAGUUAAGUUUAAUUUUUAUAAACUAAUGUAUCGCAUUACCAGCCAAACAAACCAAUCAUUGAUGUCAUUGCAAAACUUUGAACCAAACAUAACAACUCAUGCAAUACAUUAUACUAGUAAGUUCUUUGUAAUUGGAUUUUACACUAGAUUUUAACAUGUUAGUUAAAAAAUUUAAAAAGGUAGAAUAUAUAGGAUAAUUUAAUUUAACUAUAUGUAUCGAUAAUUCAUUUCCAACAAAAAGCGAUUUUUUAGCAAAGUUGAGUUAAUCAUAUUUUGACAAAUGCAAAUUAUUGAAAAUUAUAUUAAUUUGUAAUUAUCAAAUAAAUUACUAUUAUCCAUAAUUGUCUUGCGUUUUUGUUUCUUUAAGUAAAAAGUUUUAUCCACAUAGAUUGUUCAACAAUAUUGAACAUUUUGUGAUUUUUACAAUUUUUAUCAAAAUUUGAACUUUAAAGCUUAUUAAAAAACAAAAAUUAUGGUUACCUAUAAAUUGUUGAUAUUUUUGUAGUGUCUUAGAACACUUUUAUAUUACUGUACAUCUUAUGAUAUGAAAUUUUUAUCAUUUUUGAGAAGCCAAUAAAUAAAAAAUAUAUUAUCCACAUAACCAAAUAAAAACUAAAAAAUGUCAAAUGAAUCAAAAUAUAGCUCAAUAAUGAUUUAGAAGUAUAAAAGGGAAAAAACUUCCUGGGCAUAAAAAAUGGAACAAAAAGGUCUCUUGGAAUUUUUUGAAUGGAGCAAGAUGUCUUGUAGAAAAGUUGUUCAUAAAUACAAAAAAUAAGAAAAAUACACAUUAUUAAAGUAAAACCAACAGAAUCUAAAAUAAAAUAAAUAUCUAUGUUGUGUAAAUAGGUGAUAUGGAUGUUUAUGAAAUAUUAUUAAAUUGUGUAAACGAAAACAAAGAAGGAGAAUCAAUAACUAGAAUUAUAGCAAUACAUUUGAAUAUGUUUUCUCCACCAUCUCAAAUUGAAGCAGUUGCGACUUCUCUACACACUGUAAAUGUUUCAUGGGUACCCCCAGAUUCAGAAGAUCUAUCAUCAUUGCUGUUCAUUAUUACCUAUAAUCUGAUAUCUAAUUCUGAAAAUGACACUUCCACAACACUUUUUACUGAAUUGUAAGUAGCAAAGUGAACAAAAAUGUAAUUAAUUAUAGUAAAUUAUACUAGUUAUUAUUUUUCAUGUUUUUGUAGGGGUGUAAGUUCGUAUGAACUAUCAAGACUUAAACCUUAUAGUUUAUACGAAAUAAAAAUUUCUGUCCAAGAUAAAACUAAUCGGAAAAGUGAAUUUAGUCAAAAGAUACAAGUACGCACACUUCAAGGAGGUAUGGGAUAUUUAUAUUAUGAUUUUUUUUUUUAAAUUACCUAAAUAAAAGUAAAAGUAUAUUUUUCAGUUCCUGGUAUUGUAGAACAGAUAGAAUGGCAUUGGAUGAAUACUAAUACUGUUCAUAUCAGUUGGGUAGAGCCGAUAAAAUCAAACGGUGAAAUUAUGGGUUAUUAUCUUUCAUAUACAUCUGAACUUAACCUACCACCGACUACGUGGCAACAAUUAAACGUUUCUCGUCAAAAAAAAUCAUUAAACGUAAGUAAAAAAAAAAAAAAAAUUUUACUAUAACCAUAACUAUAUUUUAUUACUAUAUCUAUUAAUAUUAUUUUCUCUUACAGUUGAGUGGUUUGAAUAAUGACACACGCUAUUUUUUUAUGUUACGUGCUGCUACUGAUGCUGGAUUUGGCCCACAAAGUGGCAUAUUUUCUAUUGAACCUAUGACGACAUAUGCACAUUCAUCAGUUAAUUCUAAACAGCCUGUUGAACCGGCUUUGUACAUGGAAGAUGAACAGUUAUUGGGUAUAGUCAUUGGGUGCGUGAUAGGUGUUAUUUGUAUAUUGAUAUGCACUACAAGCAUCAUGAUCAAACGACAAUGCAUGAAAAAUGAACGAAUGCGAAAUACCCAACAAAACACAUUGGGCAGUGAUGUGGCAUACUGUGCUCAAAAUCUACAAACAUUUACUGUUGAUCAUGUACAUGAGGAAAGUGUCCCUUUGAACGAUUUCAGUUACAUUACAAGACACAUGGUUGGAGGAAGAGGACGAUAUUCUAAUAAUAUUUCCGGAAUGGCGGCAUUGCCUCUUCUGGAUCAUAGUAAUGUGGGAGACCACGACUUAACAAACGUUCAUAUCAUUGAAAAUCCUCAAGUAAAUUUACUUAGUUAAUUUGAUAUUAUUAUUUUUUUUUUUGAUAUGAUUAUUCUCUAUAAUAAUUGCUAUUUUAUUUUUGUAUAAUUUUAGUGUACUGUAGACGUAGAUGUAGAUGCUUAUGAUGUGGACAGUUUAUUAAGUGAAUCAGCUGAAGGUGGCGCAGGUACUGAAGAGUCUGGUUGCAGCGAUCAACUGGCUAAAAGCCAGAAAGGUGGAGAUUCCAGUGUAGCUGACGAUGGAUUUCAUGAACACCUUGAGCCAAAUAAAAUAUUAGUCGGAUAACCGUGCUUUUAAAACAGCUUUAAAAUUAUGUGCCAAAACUAAAACAGCAUACCAUUACAUUAUAUACUCCCGAGGUGCAUUUAAGGCCCUAUAUUAUUUUUUAAAUUCUUUUCCGAUAACAUAUUAUUACAGACAUUAGGAAAAAAAAAAUGCUGAUAUAAUAUUGGCUCACAUUAAGUACAUGACAAAACCAUGUUGGUUUAAAUUGGAAAAAGUAGUUAAACUUAAAUUACUUGAAAAAUGACUUGGUGAAACUUGAAUUUAUUUGACAUAAUUGUUUAUUGUUUUAUUUGCUAUUACGUUAUAAUAUUUUACAAGUAUUUUUUAAUUUUGGACAUUAAUUUAUUUCAAAUUUUAAACUUGAAAAAGGUAAAUCUGACAUUUUAUAAAACACCGCCUCCAAUUCUUACCAUUGUUUAUUUAUUUUUAAAUUUUCUUUAUUGAUUAUAAAAGAAAGUGAGAUACAUACGUACAUAAAAUAUUGUUAAUAUAGUUGAUAAGUGUUUUCCUGAAUAUUCUAUCUAUUUUUUUUUUUAUAGGGUAUUUAGUUUGUAGGUUUCAUCAAACCUCACAAAGAUAGUACAAAUAAUAUAUAUUUUAUAUGUUUAUGGUUUUCUAAGUUCUAUUAAGUAUUUUGGUAUUGAAAUAACUAAACCAUUGCCAUCAAUGAGUUUUUGUUUUUAUUUAUUUUAUUUUUUUAUCAAGUAUAUCCCAUUCCCAACUACAAGCUAACUUUUUAAUGAAAACUUUUAUACUCUAAAUGUUUAUUUUUGUGAAUAUCACACUAUAUUUCGGGGUGAAAUGUUGUACAUAACAGAAAUGCUUACAAUGAUUUUAUAAUAUUAAAGAAAAAUUAACGUUUAACAUUGUAAAUAAAACGUUAAACGUAAUUUAGCAUUUUGCUGAUGUGUAUAAUAUUAUUAUUAAUUAAUGAUUAAUUUUGUUUGUUUAUUUGUUUAAUGUACAACAAUAUAUUUGUGUAGUUCCUAUUCCCAUAAAUAAUUUGAAAUAUAUUUUUAACUUUUAACACAUUAAGACUUACAAUGGAACGUUUUCUUUCGAGAAAAUGGAUCUCAAAUGACGCUUAUAAUUGAAAAAGUUCUUUUGUAUGUCUUUUCAGUUACACACAUACAAGAGUCAAUUACAUUUACUUUACUGCUCUAUCUAAUAUUGUUUCCUUGACACAUUCCAAGUAGGUUGUGAUUUAUAUAUUCACUUUUAUUUUUUUAAUAAAUAUAUUUUAUCCAAUUUCAAUCUUUGAUUACAUUGUUAGGUUCAACAUUUUUGUACUUAGUGUAUAUUUAUUAUUUAUACCUACUAUUUUUAUUUAUUUAUUAUUACUAUUUUUUUUUUUUUUUUUUUUUUUUUUUUUUUAUUCAUUUAAAGAAGUACAAAAUAUUUUUUUUUUUAAGUUAUAACGCUUAAGUUUUUAUUUAUUUAUUUUAUUGUUAAGUUUAUACUUGCCAAUGUUAAAAUUCAGAAAAACUGUUAAGAAAUUAUAAUUUUUUUCUCAUAUUUGAUUAUUAAACAUUUGUAUUACUAUAUGUGUGAACUGAAGAAUGUGAUUAUGAAACAAAACCAUUAUAAUUAUGUAAAAUAUAAAGUAUACUUCUCAAGUACCUGAUAUUUUUAAUACAAAUGUAAUGUAACAUAUACACACUUAUAUAUUUUGUAAAUUGUGUUGCAUCUAUAUAAGAGUUGAGAUGUAUACACAAUGAAAAUGAUACACUAUUAUUGCUAAUUUUUUUAUUUAAGCGGAGAUAUUUGUAUAUUUUAUUAUUAUAUAUAGAAUUAAUAAUGGCUAUAUAUAGCAUAGCUGUGUUUAAUAAGCCGGACUCAAUUUUUUUUAUAAAUUCAGUGAAUUAAUACUAAUAAUUAAUUGUAUUGAUAUUUUACACAAUGGCCUAAUUUUUAAUAAUCUUUUGGCACUUUUGGCCUAUUUUAUUUCUAAAUUUGUAUAUGCAUAUAUAUAUAUAUAUAUACAAACAAUUUACCAAUAAACUACCUAUUUUAUUAUUAUAUUAUUAUAUAUUGCAACGUUUAAAACAUUUUUAAUUCAAGUUUAUAAUUGUUUAAAAAGUAUAUAACAUAAUAUUAUAUUCUUGUUCGAAAAAAAAAAAAAAAAUAUUUAAUCUUUGUACAUUUUCAAACAUAUUUUUAUAUGGUAGUACAUUAGUAAGUUGAAUAUUUAAGGGCCUUUUUUUGUAGCUCAUCAAAAAUAUAUAUCGUUUUGAAUUUAUGAUAAAUAGUUCUAAGUGUAUUGAAAAAGCUCAUAUUUUAAGGUGCUUUAUUUAAAAUUUGAAUGUAACAUUUUUUUAUUAUACAUCAAGGUCAUAUAUAUUUAUAUAUUAAUAAUACUGUUAAUGUAAAGACUGCCACGACUAAAAAAACAAUUCAUUUGAAUAUUAUUUUGUACAAUAGUUUCAUAGUUUUAUAUAUGCAACAUUUUUCCAACCUAAAAUGAUCUGUUUGUAUAAAAAUAUGUUUUUUAAUAUUUGCUACAUUUCAAGGGUUUUUUUGCUAAGAAUAAAUGUAAUAUAUGUCAUAUUGUUGUUUUGUAUUUAUUGUUAUUGCAUUAUAAUAAAAAGAUUAACUAAUAUUUAUGUAACAAAUUUCACUUUAAAAGCAAUAACGUUAUUAUAACGAUUUGUUGAUGAAUCCUAUAAUAACGUGUAUGUUUUUCUUCUGUGAAAUUAACUCGGAAAUUAUUAAUUUUUUGAAUACUAUAAUAUAUUAUAUAUGCAUUUUUUUUUUUUUUAAAUGUUUAUACAUAUAUAUUUUAUAACAUUAUACCAACAUUGAUAUAUUAUUUUUAAAUGUUUAAGAAUAUUGUGUUUGUGUAUUUUUAAUUGCCAUUUGAUAUAAAUUAUUAGGAUUAGGUACCUCAUUAGAUGUUAGUAUGUUGUUGCAGUUUUGUUUUAUUAUUAUUUAUUAUUAUUAUUAUUAUUAUUAUUAUUAUUAUUAUUAUUAUUAUUAUUAUUAUUAAUUCACGUUAAUUUUAACUAUAUAUUUGAAUCGAGU